CAGAAAUUCACAUGGUAACAAUUAAGUACUGCCAUGGCUGCCAUCUCAUUAACCCCUUGUAAACAAGAGUUAACCAUCUGCAGGCCUGAUUUGUUUGUUUUUCCCUUAAAGCAUUAGAAUGUACAUUAUGGCUUGUAACAGAACAUCACGCCCUGUGCAUUUUAUUCAAAUAUCUAGCUUACAAAUAGCCUAGAUUUUUCCUGGCCUUCAGCCAGGGGGAAUGUAGCGCAUUCAGGGACUGAUUAGCUAGGUCUGUGCACACUUCUCUGAACAGAAAAGGAAGUGAGCAUAAAAUCUAAUUGGUCGAUAUGUUGGAAAAGUCUCUUUUGACGCAUCUGGCAGUAAUCCAUUCAUAUCUUUGUUAUUCAGGUUCUAGGAUUGUACAUUUGCUAUGGCAUGGUACCACUUAGACAAACGGUGGCCCUAAUAUUAAUAGGAUUCAGAUGGCAAAGUACUGGUUUAAAUUUAGACACUACAUGCAUCCGUGAUUGCUGCAAAUAUGAACGAGAAAACAGACAAAAAUAGCUGAUCUGGAAAAAUUCUCUAAAUCCGCUAUAAAUUAACAUGACUUUUUUGCCUUGUUUUUGGCAUUUGUAUUUAGUUUUCCAAAAAAUCAUUAGGGGCUUCAUUGACUUUCCUCACACAGUUUGGUUGUCACCAGUGAUAUUAUUUAUUUUUGAUUUGGGGUUUUAUGCCUUUUCCAAUUUGGUUGUUACCUAGUUUAGUUUAAAGGGCACUCCAGGCACCAGGACCACUUCUGCCCAUUGGAGUGGUCUGGGUGCCAGCUCCCACCACCCUUAACCCUGCAAGUGUAAUUAUUGCAGUUUUUAUAAACUGCAAUAAUUUCCUUGCAGGGUUAAGUCCUCCUCUAGUGGUUGUCUUAGAACACGAAAAGUGUUCUUAGAUGUGUUUUUAGAUGUUCAUUUUCAUGUUCUUAGAACACGAAAAGUGUUUUAAACGAUGCUGGACGCUAUGCAUGAGGACCUCCAGCGUCGCCGGAAUCCCCAUAGGCAAGCAUUGAAUAAUGCUUGCCUAUGGGGGUCUAAUGUGCGUGCACGGCCAUUGCCGCGCAUGCGCAUUAGUUCACCCCCACCGGCUGAAACAGCGCCGAGGGACAUCGGCGCUGGACUCUGGAAAUUCAUUGAAGGGGUUUUAACGGCUAUGUUUUCCUGGCACUUUAACAUUUCCUUCCUCAGACACAAGGAUUAUUGCCGGUAUUGAUUUGGUGGGUAGUCUUUUACUUUGAGUGCCCUCGAAGGCACAAUUAAGUAGUUUUAGGUACGUUCGUUCCUGCUAAACGUGUAUUUUUAUUUUUAUUUUCUGCUGGUUAAUAUAUUUUCCUUCUAUCUAGUCUAUUUAACUUUAUUAGUUUUGCCAGUAGGUCAGACUAUGGGCUCCAUUCUGUACCUUUGUGUAUGUUACUACCAUAUUUUUAGCUACUUUUGGUAUAUACCGUAUUUACUGGUAUCUAAUACGUUUGGGUUUUUUUUGUGUAAAAUAAAGUUUCCAAAAUUUACAUUCUGGCAAAAUUCAACAUUUUCCAGCGAAUUAAAACUGCUGAAUUCAAACACGCAAAUUUCAUUCUGGCGAAUUCACACAGGCAAAUUUCGUUCCUGAAAGAGAGGUUAAUUUAAAAAAAAUUAAAAAUACUUAACAUGUAACACUAAAAUUGAAAUACCAUCAAUGUUACUGUGGUAUAUAGCAAUAAACCUUUUCAGUAUUGCACCAUGUUGUAUAAAAGUAUUUUCUUAAAUAAAUGCGCAUUACAUUCGCCAGCAAAAACAUUUUUCAGCUGCCAGUUUUCAAAAAUUGAGGUGCACCUUAGAUUCAAGUAAAUACGGUAUUUUUUGUUUUGGUACUUUUUUGCAGCAGUUUACUUUGUAACAAGUGCGAUUUAUUGCCUUCAGAUUUUAUACUUGUAGCAUCUGAUAGUCUAUACAAAUUUAGCAAUAUUCUAUCUUACCUUUGUUGCAUUUGAUCGUGUAUUUCAUUUUGGUGUAUGGCCCUACUGAGUCUAUUUUUUUUCUUUCUGUAGUUGUCAUUUUUAAAUUAAUUAUAAAAGUGAAGCUUUUGUCUAUUUUGGGCAUGUUGAUCUUUUCCCUUAUCAUACCUCUAAAUGCACAUAUAAUUAACUCUCUUCCUACCAAAACUUUUUCUUUUAGUUAUUUCAUAAUUUAGGGGUUACCCCUUAACCCGUUGUUGUUGAUAUAUGCUCCACCUUUCUUUUAGUUGUGUGUGUUUUAAAAAAGUCUGCAUUUUGUGAAUUACACUGCGUCUCAUCCCGUAGUCUCUUUGUUCUAGGGCAGGGGUGUCCAAACUUUUUUCAAAGAGGGCCAUAUUUGAUUAAGUGAACAUGCAUGAGGGCUAUAUUUGAUUAAGUGAACAUGCGUCAGGGCCAACCAUUUUGCCUGACAUUCUUUGAACUAUUAAAAUUUAAUGCAAAUUAACUGUUUUAUGCAAAGUUUAUUGCAAACGGCAUACUUUUUAAUUUCAUCUCUUUAUUCUGAGAUCUCUUUUUAUUCUGCCCCUCUGUAUUCUGUACCUUUUUUUUUUAUUCUGUCGAUUCUCUGCAGGGAGAAGGAGCCAAAUCCCAUGAAUCUCAUGACGUCCACGAGAUCCCACGAAGUCCAAGAGAUCGCGAGAACGCAGACUGAGGUCACGGCACGCCCGUCUGCAUUCUCGCGAUAUCUUGGGCCCCCCAUAAAUCCCUGAGCACUGCUCAGGACCGCAGCGUUUAAAGAUCCAGAGAUCUCGGGGAUUAAGUGGGGGCCACAACAGAUAGAUUAGCCAAACUACCUGUGUGGCCGUAUUAAACUGGAACGCAGGCCGGACUUUGGACAGGCCUGUUCUAGUGUGUGUUUUGUGACUGUUUGUGUUGUGUUUGCUGUCGGUGUGCGCUGCCUGUAUGUGUGGUGUGAACUAGCUGUAUAUAAUAUUUGCAUGUGGCGUGUGCUGACUGUGUGCAAUAUAUGCAUGGUGACUGCUGACUGUGUGUAAUUUGUGCAUAGUGUGUGUGUGUGUGUGUGUGUGUGUGUGUGUGUGUGUGUGUGUGAUCUUAAGUUUAAAAUUAAUCGUGUAUCUUUUCCUCCAGUGUUGAGAUUGGUGUGAAAAUUUUUUUGUUUGUACGUAAUGUUUUGUCUAAAAGGAGCUGUAGGGAAAUACCUGAUAUAGUAGGCAUGCGGGGAAUCACAGCAGCUGCACUCUCAUCCAGACGGUGAGGAAGUGAGUACUCUGGUCUCGCAUUCACUGCUCCUGCACUGAUUACACCAAAGGCAUUCUUGCCCCUUGCUAGUGGCAGGGCUAAAUAAUUUUUUUUUUUUAAAUCCUUCCUGCCUGGAGCCGCAUGUUCCAGGUGUGAGGCGAUAUAAAUCCCAUAUCCCUUUGGGGAAUUAGUAAUAAAUAAACUUGUAUUAAUGCACAAUAUAUAAAAGUAAAUACCAACGCCUGACUUAUUUGUGUCUACGUUUUGGCACUUAUCCAGAUAAUGGAGUGUUGUCUUAUAAAUGUAACACAAUAAGUACCUCAGUUGCAUAUAUAAUGAUACUAACAUGUUUUAAAGAUUCGUUCACGAAUGAAUCGGCUUCAGUUAAAUUUAUAGAAUAUUUAUUGAAUAUCACAGACUUCAGUCUCCAGUGCACUUUUUAAUGGAGCUAAAUGUGUAACUAAUAAAUAAGCAAUUGUUCAUAAGAUAACGUUACAAAUACCAAGCCGCCUCUACAGUAUCACAGGACCAGAUAGGGUAAAUGUCUUGUCUCAGUUUGGGAAAAUAAUAAACUUAUUUUUUGAAUAAGUUGAAUGCAUGACUUGUAUAACCAGAUUGGCCUGUAGCUGUAUCAAGGUAGGAACAUACUAACUGGUUUUCAAAGCCCUUCCCCUAGUAAGGGCCGUAGCAAUACUUAUCACUGGGAAUUCACCAAACACUAAACCAACUAUGGGCUAAGAUAGCAAGCGUUCCUAUAACUUGCCAGUUGUAAUUAAACCAUGGUGUGAUUCUAGCAAACAGGAAUCUGGCUCUUUCCUCGUCUCUUCCUGCUAUUGAUAGUUUGGGAACUAAAACAAACACGUUAUUCUGAGAAGGUAUUAUGCAGUGUCUUGUUAAAGGCAAACAGUCCCCUUAAAAUUAACUAUAUUAAAAGUCAAGCAAUGUAACCAAUCAAUAAUGGACUGCAAAUAAAAAAUGUAAACUACAAGUAAGAUCCAUGCGCUAGAAGUUUAAAGGGAUACUGAAAACAUUGUACCAACUUAUUGUAGUGCAUCUGAUGCAGUGAUGUUGCUAGUGCUUUUUCAUAAAAAAAAAAAAAAAAAAAUCUGGAAUUUUCACAAAUAUUUAUUCUAAGUUAAACACCUACCUUUCUCCAGCGCCGGGCUCCCUCCUCAUCCUGACGUCAGCGCUGAAUUGCGCAUUGACAGUCCAUAGGAAAGAAUUUCUCAAUGCUUUCCUAUGGACAUCCGCGUCUUCUCAUUGUGAUUUUCACAGUGAGAAGCACGGAACUGCCUCAAGUGGCUGUCAAUGAGACCGCCACUAGAGGCUGGAUUAACCCUAGUGUAAACAUAGCAGUUUCUCUGAAAGGUUAAAACCAGAGCUGCCUAUAGUGGUCCUUUAAUGUGUAUAAUGGUCCUUUAAUGUAAUUUGUGUAGUGCAUAUAUGAAUUGACCACUUGGUAAAUAUCAGGUGACAGAAGGAGUAGUGUGAAUUGCAUAGGAAUGUGAAAGGGAACAGAUGGUUUAUCAUAUGCCUUGUUCCUUUGAAUAAUGAAAAGCUCUGUGAGGUGUGAGAAGUCACACAUAUGUGGCCUGGAAGUCUGUUUUACAUAUAAACUGUCUAAUCACAGGUAUGUCUAGGUUCCCUCUUAGAUAGUGGGUCCUUUGAAAUGUUAAUGGCCCUUAGCCUUGUUCCAGUAUCAUAUCCAAAAAGGGGGAAAAAAUAUUUACCCACAGAAUAAUAAUUAAGUCUUUCUGUUCUAUUUGGAAUGUGACAUGCACCAUCUUCUAAACAAGCCCAAAGAUGAUUGGCAUAACUUGACCAUAGGGGAAGGGAUUGUAAUGUCCACUAUAUUGGGUCACAAGUAAGGGGUGUGACAUAUCUAUGGAAUGGAAAAAUAACAAAUUUGUAGAUGCAAUUAUUAUUUCUGUGGCAAGCACAUAAGAGAAGAUGGAACUAAAUGUUUCCAUUUGAAUUGAUGUUAGUCUGGUACACAAGGGGUUGGUCACUUAUGGUCUCUAUAGAUACUCCUUAACUCCACCUCUAGACCAGGCAUCUACAGGGUAUAUAUCUAAUGAUACUGAAGGGUGCAUUGUACUUGCUUGAGGGGCCAGAAUCUGAUUCUAAGUGAGUCACCAUCUUUCUUACCAGAGACCCCCUGGAGCAGAAGUGUUACUGUGAAAAAUUAAGUAAUUAGGACUUCUGUUAUUUCAUCCCUUUUGUUUUUAUCUGUUGUUGGUGUAAAUAAUUUUGAUUGUCAUCUAUUUUUUUUGUAUGCACUGUGAAAAUUUUAUUCUCAUAAUAAAUAUUAUUUUAUUAAGUUCUGCCUCUGGUAAAGAAUCACGUAACCUGAAGAGACUAAAUAGUAUAUUUGCAAUUCCUUAAAUAUUGUGCCAAGUUGUAUUUGGUGUGUGGUGUGUUUUUAUUGAUUUACCUGGGGGACCAAGGCACCCCAUUUAUAAAUUGUCUUGGUGGUGGCAGCGUUAAGAGUAAUAUUUAUAUUAUGCUUAAGUACGGGUGGUGUCAAAUAGUGAACUUUAACCCUUUCACAACCACAACUACGUCACGCACACUCUUGAAGUAGGGUGCGUUCUUGACACUUAGUAUAUAUCAUUAUUGAUCACCUCCCUAAAGUGAAGUUUGCUAAAUCCAUAUUACAGUUCUCAUGCCUUUUGUGUAACCUUUGAUUGCAGACCAAUUGGAUAGCACAUUACACUGUUUUUACUUUUUUCCUUAUUUAAUUCUGAUAAAACUCCAAGUAUGCAGUACAGUAUAAAGGAGGCAAAAAUCAUCUCCUCUGUCACUAUAUCGGUAACGCGAAUGGCACUUCUCUCACUGCUUUACUAACGAGCUGGCACUCCUCUGUAACACACUGCCACUGGUGUCACUGUAUCGGUAACGUGCUGGCAGUGCUCUGUCACUGUAUCGGUAACGUGCUGGCAGUGCUCUGUCACUGUAUCUGUAACAUGCUGGCAGUGCUCUGUCGCUAUAUUGGUAACGGGCUUGCAGUGCUCUGUCGCUAUCUCGGUAACGGGCUAGUAGUGCUCUGUCGCUAUCUCGGUAACGGGCUGGCAAUGCUCUGUCGCUAUCUCGGUAACGGGCUGGCAGUGCUCUGUUGCUAUCUCGGUAACGGGCUAGCAGUGUUCUGUCGCUAUCUUGGUAACGGGCUGGCAGUGCUCUGUCGCUAUCUCGGUAACGGGCUGGCACUCCUGUCGCUAUAUUUGUCACGCACUGGCACAGCCUUCCACACUAUAUAAGUAUGUCGGUAAUGCCCUAGCACUUCUUUGUUACUAUGUCGGUUAAAAAAAAACACUCAAGAGCUAGGGUAAGCUUCUAGCAGAUUCCGCUAUGUCUUUAAUUCCAUGGCACAUUGUACUCCACUCAUAGGCCAAGUCCCAGUUUUCUUUAUGCACUAGUUUUAUUAUUAACCCAAAGUUAAAAACAUAGAUGUACAGGCGGGAUGUUUUUUUUGUGUGUUUUUUUUUGUUUUGUUUUUUAACACACUGUGUAUUGGCACCAUGCAGCACACGUUGUUGAAAUUGCCCCUGACACAAAUUGUACAGACCAUAAGACAAAGUAAAGGAGACCUUCUUCGAGACGAUUAUCACAUUUCUUAGAUGUGCCAUGCUCUACAAAAGCCUGAAUGAUAAACAAUAAAGCUUGCACCAUCAUAAAGAACAGUCAUGCUGUUUUCUUCAUUAAAAGGAAAUGCUGAUAAAUAGCAGAACUUACAAGGAACAUUUCAUGAGCUGAACAUGUAGGAGGUUUCUGAAAAAGUGUAUAUUUCUUUAAUAGGUAGCUCUGCCAUCCUUAUUUGCAGGAUUUCUUCAUUUACUGUUGCUAAACAAGCCAGGGAACCUGAAUCGGAAAGGGUCAGAGCUGCUACUAAAACUGCUUCACGUAGGGAUAAAUUCGUACCUGACAUAAGUGAGCCUGUCCCUGUAGCUCUCUUUAAAAGUACCUUUCUUUUCCCCUUAAUAAAUGGAACGACUUUAUGAUUUGUUUUUCGAUUGAUGGUGAGAAACAUGUCUGUUUAAAUGGUUGCAUGUUAGAGAUCCUCCAUGGAAUAAGUUGGCUUUCAUCAUGUUUGCAGGCUGCGUUUAGAUUACGUGCUGAUGGAAAAUACCCUGUAGUCCUGUGAAACACCACAUUCGUUAAAGAUAUGCCAGAUGUGAUAUCUAAUUCUGUUCCAUUAUGGGCGUCUUGUUUUGGUUCUGUCUAAAGGUUACUGCUUCUUGUAAAAUGGAAUGUGCAUGUUAGAAGUGAACAAUUACAUUAUCAGCUUAUCCUAAAUAACUAUUUUAUUAAAAUUAUUACUUUAUUAAAGGACUGCUCCAAGCACCAUGACAACUAGAGUAUGUAGAGGUUAUGGUGCCGUUGUGUCCCCAGUGUAAGUAGUCACUCUUUUCGAACGCAUUGUCUUCUUAUAUGUGGUCCGUGGUCCUCUGCAGCGUUCAGGUGAGCUGGAUUCUCUGUGUUAAAACUAGUGGCAAAUAUUUAGCCAAUGAGCUGACUGCACUGCAGGACUUGGCUUAGGACUGACACAGACACUUCUUUCAGUAGCUCCCAGCUUUCCUGGAGACUGCCUUGCUUGGUGGACCCCAAGAAAAAAAUAAAUCUUAAACAGUUUGAGUACUUAUGUUGGGGGUGCGCCAGGGAACUCUUGGCACCAAAAACACUGCGGUGUUCUUGAAGUGUCCUUUUAUGCCCAGUAGCAGCAAAAACAAAUCUUCCUGCCCUUCUUGCUCUGCUCCCUUUUGCACCCUGCAGUGAUGCCAGGAGCUGGGAUAUGAUGUCACUUCUUCCCUGGCAUCACUAAACAGCCCGCGAGGAGCAGAACAAGAGGAGCUUGAAGAUUACGGAUCACAGCAGCUGCACUGGACCCAGGGAAAAGAUCCGCUCCAGCUUUCCCAAAGAUUGAAUUAGAGCCAAUAAUAAUUGGUGGUGUGUGACGAUGUGUUUGUCUGUCAGGGAGUGUGUGUGUGUAUCUGUCAGUUUGUGUCAAAUCCGUGAUUGUGUGUGUCUUUGGAUGACCUUUCCCCCCCCUUUGAUUGGCUGUGCAGUUUGUUUUUGCAUACAGGGGUUCUAGUGUGGGUAUAAGGAAUGUAGUUUCUGGAGGGGGGCAGUGUGUGUGUGUGUGUGUGUGUGUGUGUGGACUGCAUUGUUUUAGGGAUGAAGUGUUUGUGUGUGUGUGGCAGGGGAGAGGGUGCAGUGUGUGUGACUGUGUUGGAUGUUAUAGGGACUAUAUAUUGUGUGGGAAGGUUGGCAGCCAAAAUGCAUAUUUAGUUUUAUUUUAUUUUUGAAACCAACAAAACUCCUCCCUUCUUCUUACCUUUUUGCUCAGGGUGGGAGGACAUUGCAGGCCCUGGUGGUCCUGUGGUAUUUAACUGUAGCCUUCAUUCCUCUCGCUAGCUCUUUGGGGGUUGCCAUGGUAACCCGCAGCAACGCCCUGAAUUGCCAAGCUCGAGGGAGGAAGAUUCACCCUCUCAGCUCCUCCUCUCCCCUCACUUUCCGGCCCACCAUAGAGAAGUGUCUUUGGGUCAGUGAUGCAGGUCUUUGAGCUCCCCACCGGCCUGUGAAGACACACAGCAAGGCUUGCGCUUCAGUAUUUUUUUGAUCUUCCCCUGUUGUCCUCUGACUAGAACGAUCGCGUUUUUGCUCGGUUUUUCUGAUGGCCAGUCAGAGCCUGGUUACUUGGCAGCAAUGCAAAUUGAAAGGCAGUGUUUUCAUUGAAAAGGCUGUAGACACCAGAACCACUACAUUAAGCUCACUACAGUGUUGUUGAAAAUAAAUCUUUGUUGGUGUAAGCUGGGUACUAGAUUCAAAGCAAAUGUCAUGCCCUGCUAUAAUGCAAACAUAAAGUUGGACUAUCAGCUUGUCAUGGAAGGAAUUCUGUGCUUCCAGUGUAACACCCACUGAAACAUGAGUGAUGCUCUCAGCAGGAGACCAGAUUAAUGGAAACAUUAAAAUAUGACCUUUUAAUAGUAUUAAAGGAAGAAACACUCACUCACACAAGAACAAAAACAGACAGGACGACACCACCCACGGGCCAUAAAACCUAAGCACUACACGACCAAUGUCGCAUAACACACACCAACAUGGACACAUUAAUACGCAAAAGGCUCACAUAGGCCAACACACACUCAAACCCAAUCGGCUGCUCCAACCAAAAAGAAUCAGAACUAAAAUGAAGACACAAGGGAAAAUGUAUGUGAAUGUACCCUAUCCCCCCACCCUUUCUUUUUUCUGUACCCCACCCUAUCCCCAAGACAAUGUUGACAACCAUGCAAAACGAUCAAGCCUGGUAAAAUGCAAUGUUAGAACAUGUCCGCUCUGCAAAACGUGUAAUAAAAAUGUACCCCCAAGUUUUCAUUUCUGUACCCCCACCCCAAACAACAUAAUCUUCCAAAAUAAAGAAUUUAUUGCCCGUGCAUUACUUUAUAUUUAUUUAGCGGCAAGAGAAUGUGAAUCUCUUACAUGGUGCACCUCUUUGUGGUCACAGGGUGUCACACAGCUUAUUUAAUUGAUUAAUCAGUACUUCUGUUAUUGUGCAAUUAUUUAACCACUCUCAACUCCUGUUCUUGUUUUCAAAGCAGAAAUGGUGGGGGUGGGUUUUCCUGGUUUGCAACGAUGCACAUUUCUGUAAUUUAGAUCCUGAUGGCAUUUAGAACAUACAAAUAUGACCUUAUUGUACACCACACUUGGAAGAAAUAGAUGAGUCUGACACAGUUGUUUCCGGUUAGGAGGGAGAGGAAAAAGGUAAUUAAUUUAAAUGUAAAUCUCAAACUUAUUCGCCGACCUCUCACUUGGGAAUGUCACCAUCUUUGCAAGGAAAAAGUGUGGUUUAUCCAGAUAAUGAGCUAUAGAGAAACUGUUUAACCAUCAAGCUUGCGGAAGACUGAAAUAUAGGUAAAAUGUUGCCCUAUAUCUGCUGUGAAGCACUUAAGAAGUGCUGCAGUAUUUCUUUUUGAUUCUGCCGGACAGACUGUCUCUGAUGCCAGCAUACUGGCCAUAGCAAAAGCGCCCAAUAAGCUGAUAUGCGGUCUCAAGAGUUUGCGUCCAUGUGUAUAGCACCCUGUAGUGAAGCAGAAUGUUAGCAUAUUUUAAGCUCUGAUCGUUAAUCUUGUGCAGGCUUUUAUUAAUGAAGGGUCAAGGAAGCAUUGAAGUGCUAGAGUAUUUAAUUUUUUGUCAUUAGACUGGUGUAUGGGCGACACUGGACUAGUGGGCAUCCUCCUGAUAUGUACUGUUCCACUGUUUUGAUUAUCUGACACUGGCAGGGUGCCACCUCAGGCCAGUGUCCAGUGACUGCCAACCCCUCAACCCCCUUUCCAAUGCCUCUGUGACUGGCUUUCAGGGACUGUAGAAGCAAAUACUUCCCAAUGCAGCUCAAUGAGAAGUUGUUGCAAGGCAGGUGCUUUGGGCAAAUGUUGCCUCUUGAAUUUGUCUCCACUGAGCUAACCAACUGCACUUUUUGUAAAAUGGAAUAAAUAAGAGCACACACUCUUCACACAUUAAGCAUUUCAGCAAGUUUAAGUGUUUUUUAUGGGUUUUUUAAAAAGUUAUAAAACAUAUGAGUGCACUUAGAGAAUGUGUUAGUUUAUGUCAGAACGCAUAGCAAAAGUGCUACAUUGGUCACAAAUGCACAGAAUCCAUUGGUCACAGAGGUGUUUGUUUUUUGUUUUUGUUUUUUUUAGGAUUGAGACCGUUGAAUUAAGUUUUUACUGCCCUCUGCUGGCUCUGGGCAGUAACACUAACUUCUUGUAUAAUCCAGAUUCAUACUGGUAGUUACCCAGUCAGUUUUAUGAUUUAAAGAAACCAUUGAAAAGGUUUUAUUAGCAUUUUAUUCAUUGUAGACUACUAUAGAAUGUUGGAAUAAUUUGGCAGUCCUAUUUAUCGUAGAAAAUAAUAUUUUUGUAAUUUGUUUCCACAGAUUGUUUCAGUCUGUUCAAUGUGAAAAUUGGUGAACUUCUGCCAAAACGUUUUAGAUGGUCCCUUGGCGCCCAGUAUGGCCCAGGUGUCAAGUAGUAAUGGGCUCAGACAAAAAGUAUCUUCACCUACGACAAGCACAAAAGAUGUUGAUAAGGAAGAGGCGCUGCAGAUGGAAGCUGAAGCGUUGGCCAAACUGCGCAAAGAAAGAAAUGUAAUCGGCAAUCAGAACAAUGAUUUCCUCAAAGUGUCUUCAGUCUCCAUCAAACAGGAUACGGAUCUUAUGGUCUUCCCAGAGUCUGAUGCCAAAAAGAGGAGUGAAAGAAGCUUUCAAAGUACAGACUUCGAUAAACUAACUCCAGCAGAGCUGGAGAAGCUGCUGCUGGAUGAAAAUUUUGAGUGUAGCAAACCACCCAAGCCACUAGCUGUAACUCAGACACAAUUAUUUAACCCUUGCAUAUCCACACAGUAUUGCUUUCCGCCGUCCUUUCAAAGGAGCCAUUGGGGAUCUAGCAUCCAGGGACCUGCUUCAUGCACUUUACCACCAAAUUUCUCUAUACCAUUUCCAAAAUGUUCUGAUCCUUUCCAGAAUGGGUUCAAUCCAAAUGUGUCUGUUGUGCCACGUAAGGAGACUGUCUAUCUUGGGUUGCCUGCUCAAGUGCCAUUUGUGUCUUUCCCUAUGUCGACAGGCACAGCUUCGUUCCAUUUAACUCGAAGCCUACCAACUUUCUCAAACAUGGUCAGCCCAGACAUGGCCAAAUUGUUAGACAAAGUAGCGAAGACUUCUGAAUUUUUAAAGAAUGGGAAGUCCAGCCAUGACAGUGACUUGGCACGAACAGAGAUUGAUGUAAGUUCUAUGCAGAGGUCAGAAAAGCCAGAUGAUAUUAGUAAAUUUGAUUGGUUGGAUCUCGAUCCUCUUAGCAAACCCAAGGUAGACAGUAUGGAAUUGUCAAGUCCCGCAUCAGAGACUGUAGUAUCGUUUUGUGAGCCUGGGUCAGAAGAUCCGUGGGAUGCAGUACUUCUGGAAGAGAAACCUGUAAAACCUGAUCAGUUUGACAGGAAAAUUAAUGCUAAAUCUCCAUCUGGAGCUACUGUUACACGGAGCCAUUCUUUAAACCUCCGAAUGACACAUUUGCAGCUAAGCAGAGGCCAGACCAUAGAGGUGGGUGUAACUGUAUGCUUUUUUUUCUUUCCUUUCAAUGUUUUCAGCGCUGAUUUAGCUCUAAGAGGGCAGUUGUAUAAUAGAGAUGUAGCUACUGUGAAAUUACUAGCUGGAGGAACCAUGGGGGAAAAAAAAUUUUAUGUUAAAAAUUUUAACAAUCUAACUACCAUUUACAUACCCGUUUGAAACCACAAUGUUUAUGCUGUGUGCAAUUUGACAGCUUGAAUUUGUAUUUUAUUUUUUUUAUUAACUGCUGCUACAGCUGACAUAUUUACUUUAUUACUCUGCUGGGCUAAGUGUUAAAUGUUGAGAGAGAUGCCUAAUAUGUUGGUGCUUAAUAAAUGCCAGUAAUAUAGAAAAAGUAUAGGUAGUGGAGCGCUGAUUUAAAAUGAAAACCAAUGAGAAUAGGGUGCAAAAAUAGGGAACCUAACAACCUAUACAAAAUAGAACAAACUAAUUAAUAAACCCUUCUCUUCUGAUAGAUCAAAAGUCUAUGAACUUACUAACUAACACACUGCAGAUUAGUAUUAAAAAUCCAUUUUAUUUAUCAAAUCUAAAAUAAAUAUAUUGUGAGCGUAAAAGUGGAAUUGUGCUUGAUGGAAGAUACAUCAGGCCUGAUUUGUUAAACAGCAACCUGAGAAUUUUCAGUUAAAUGCCCCAGGGAGAGAUGUUAUAGUUUGCAAUCUACAUUGCUAAGGUUCUGCAAAACAUGGUAUGGGUCCCUGGGGCGGAGUAUUUGGAGAGCAGGGUGGGUCAAUGCUCCAACAGCAUUAGUUGCUGUGUAACAGACCACUAUUUGGAUCUGACUUACGAGUUAGUUAAUUGGCACUCACCUGUAGCCAGUCAAUUAGUAGACAGGUCUUUAAAAGCAGAGGGCAGCCUGCUGCAGGGGAGGGAGAAAAAGACAGCUAGGAGAGAUUGUGUUUAUUGCAAAGACAUUUCUUUUGUUUGGAAAAUUGGUAAGUGGGAAAGCCACCCAAUUGCAGAGAGCAAUUACUGUCUAGUAAGAGCAAGGGAUUUUGUUUGUUUUUGUUAUUAUUUAAAGCACCUGUUUUCUUACUGAAUAAAAAGGAAAACCGAGCUGAAUGUGUCCUGGACUUUGUAUACCCUAGAAGGCUGUGGUUACUGCAAGAUCUGUGACAAUCCUACCUGUAAAAGAGGUGGUUUGUUAAAAAAAAAAAAAUAAUAAUAAAAAAAAUAUAUAUAUAUAUAUAUAUACACACAAAUAGUUGUCUAUUAAAAACCACAAAUCAAGCCAUGAAAAGUCCAGACCUUAUUUGAAAUGCUCGGCGUCCUGAGUCAGCAAAAUAGUAGUGCUGAAAAAUAUCACAGUAGUCUUCUUUGAAGUAGAGCUGAUGGUGAUGGGAGUCAGACCCCUCCAGAAACGUUUCUCCGCUUCGGCGGCUUUAUCAAUGGAUGCAGUCUCUCUUGGUGCUAGUUGAUAUAGAAUCUGCCGUUUUUCUUUUGAUCGCGGCAAAUUAGUAAUCAGCAGUGUGUGUUACAAAGUCCAUCUAUUCACUAUGUAUCUAAACAACAACAUUUUAUGAAACUGAAAAAUGCCAGUAAUAAGUAAAAAUAAAUAUUGGUUUCCAUAUGGAUUACGCCUUACUUAACACUGCACCCUAGAAUAGGGCCAAUUUUUUCUCUUGAUAGAGCUCCCCUUGUGGGUUUUUAUUUUUGAUGUUUUAAUAUUCACAAUAAAGAAUAUAAAGUCCAUUAAGUAGUCAUCUUAGAUUUUGGUUUGAGGAUUAUCUUGUAAAAUACACUACAUAAAUUCCAAGUCUUCCUCAGCGAUGCCUGGUUACCCAUUUGAGAUGCCAUCAUACACUAAUAAUCUCAUGUCAAUGUAACCUGGUCAAUAAGGUCAGUUUUAUUCGGUAUCUUUGUUUGUCUCCAACGCCUGGCUAACAGGAUAAUAGAAACUAAUAUGCAAAAAGAGUAUUCAUCUGUGGAUUUUAAGUAUAUCUUGAGGAAUCCCAAACAAGUUAACACUAAGCCAGUGGGUAGUUUUGUUAUGUUCGUCACAUAUGAUUACAGCAGUUGGGUUUCAUUACAUGUCCAGCAGAUGUGGAACCUAAUGCCAAUGGCUCUCUUAAACCUCCCACAUUGGGUUGAGAGGUUACCCCCAAAGAGAGCCAGUCUUGCUAGAACCGCUUGUGGCCAUAGUUUGAUAUCCAUUUCCUAAACUAAAAUAAAUUAAAGACCCUCCAGCUCCCUAUCCACUUUGAGCAACAAGUAACCUUGGGACAAGAUCCUGCAUCAAGGUAAUAUGCCCAAGCUAUUUUUUUUUUUUUUAAAUACUGUUAGUUCCUGUCUGCAAUCAAUGUUGGACACUUUGAACUCCCUAUGUAGGGUGAGCUCAGUUGUAGAUAUGAAAAUCGUAUAGUGGUAGGAAGCCCAGAUAGCUGAGGGUACAUUUUGAGUACUCCCUUGUUAAAAUGUAGUUGUAGGUGUGAUAAGCCGAACUUCUCUCACGGACUGCUAGGGAUGAGGAACUUCAUUACUCCUAUCAGAGCUGCUAAAAAUAAUAGUCUGUUGCUCUUCAACUUGUCUCCCAUCUUAUUCCAGAUAACUAGAUUCAAGCGUUGUUGGAAGGCAUUCCAAUAAGGUGGCCUGCGAAUUAUGUGGGGUCUAAAACAGAAUGCAUUCCUUGUCUUAUGGACUACUGCAACUCAAUAGACACCCAUUGUGGGUCAUCACCAUACCAUCGAAAAUGCUUGCAAACUGGUCUGCAAAUGUGCAACACCCAACCCAAUCUCACAUAAUGUUUCUUGAAAAGCCCUGCAGAAUACUUUUAUUCAUAUGCCCAGGAAGGUCAGGUAAACCGACCUCCAGUUGAAGUCGAAGGUUGCACAUAGCCUGUCCAUUACUCCCUGUUCUAUGCUAAUCCCCAUUGCCUGGAUCUUAGUAAUGUUUAAUUGGUAAUAAGAGUAACGGCUGUAAGUCUGCAACUCGACCUGCAGCUUUGGUAAGGACACUAAUGGUUCAGUGUUUAAUAGGACAUCAUCAGCAAAUGGAUUGCUCAGUAUUCUCCACAGAGACAUCAUGUAUAUUCUGGUUUUGCCUGAUUGAUGCAGACAGAGGGUCCUAUGUCAAAAUAGAAAGAAGCGGGGACAAAGUCAGUGAUUAACUCACACUAGAGCCAAUGGCUUAUUGAACAAUGCCCCACUUUAUCUGGGAAAUAAACUUUUUUGUAUUUUUUUUUUUAAGCCGCAGCUCUUUCUAUUUUAUAGGACACUUUUUUUUUUUUUUUUUUUAAUAUAUAUAUAUAUCUCUCUAUCGCUCAAUCGGUUGCUCUAAUCUUCAUGGCCUCUACAUCUUGCUGUAGUGGUUAUGAUGCUAGAAGUAAUCUGGGUAAUGGGGCAAACCUUUAGCAGAUCUACAGAAGCUGGAAGCAGCAGCCGUUUCCAUUCAUUGACUGAGAGUAUCGGCUGAUUGCUCUCAGCCAAGAACUAAAGGUUGCACAGAAUUGGCAUUAGAAGGCUGCCUGGUGACACCCCAAUGACGCUACCGGAGGUGGAGUUACAAGCCGGGUACUCCUGGCACUGUAACCAGUACAGCACAUUAGGAGUAUUCCUUGAAGGCUUUUUGCAUAGAACAAUUUACCAGAAGAAGGGCCGGGUGUGUAUUACUGUACUAUAAAUGUUGCUUAAUUUAUAUAUUUUAUUUUUUACAUUUUGAUUUUUUGUUUGUGUCUUCAGUUACAUUCAUGGGUUACUCUCUUUUUGGGGCGAUUACACUCUGAUUUAAUAUUAAAACUUUAUUUAUAAAGCGCCAUAGCAUUCUUUGGCGCCGUUGUAAAAAAACAAAACAAAACAAAAAAAACACUAAUAUCCUCCUUCCCCAUUCACCAACCGUAGAAAUCCUUUGUUAAAGAUUCCCAUAUCUGUUAAAUAUGUAAUCUAGAUAUAUUGACAGGGUUAUUUGGUAAAGUGAGAAUUUAAAAUUGAAGGCCGCAGUUGCUGAACUGAAAGCAGCAUAGCUGACUUUUUGUUCCAUUUCGGCUAUUGUGCCUGUAAAUUUAAAUUUCCUUUCGAUUUUUCACUAUAAUGAAUAACCCUGUAAGAGAGCACUGUAAAUGGUUUGAGCUCCUGCUGAUAUUUUUCUAUUUUAGUGCUGACGAUAGGUUGACAGUGGUGAUUACCUGAGUGAGAGUGCGUUCUUGGAUCAUACCCUCUGGUCACAUGUGGCUCCUGUAAUUUGUAUUAUUUGCUUGCUAUGUAUCCAGCUGUGACAAAAAUGUAUUCAAGAUCCCGUAGAGAGAGAGAGAAAUGUUGAUGAUUUUUAUUGUACAGCUGGUUUACUGAUACUGCAUGUAUUAUAUAUUCAUUUGUUUUCUUGUUUAUAACCUAUAACCUGUAUGUUCUCUUUAUCUUGCAGACGGACAAUGGGACCAGUAUCAGAAUUUCAUCAGGAAAUGCUGUUUUGCAGGAACUGGAAGCAGAAGAUGAGGAAGUUGCAAAGUAUGUAUUUUUCCUUCUUCAGUAUCACUCAAGUCCCUCCUUUUAUUCAAGCAUAUGACAUGACAUUUUAUCAGUACACUGUGUUUGCAAAUGAAGAAACAGGGUUGGUAAACUUGAAGCAAUGUAUUGUUACAGAACAUUCUGAUCUGUCAUGCACAUUCCGCGCAUGUCCACUGACAAUGCAGAAGAUCUGCAUGCACUCACUUAGACACAGUGGUAAGGUUAGAAUACAAUUUGUAUUUAGUUCAGAAAUGGCAAUUGGUGGAAGAGAUUAUAGUUACAAUUGGCAGUUAGGUUUAAGUGUCAGUGAUAAUAAAACGAAAAGGUGACUUUUUAUAUAUAGAAGUUUAAUCAGAAGUUUUUAUUUUAUAAUGCAGAUUUUUUUUUGAUUUUUUUUUUGUCUGAGACUUAAAGUGGCUUUGUCAACCCUCUCCUCCCUUCCUGAAAUUUCAACUCAAUGAAAAGCUAUCGUAAGACAGUCUUAUGUCUUUCGCAUUACAAAAGGUGGAGUUAUCUUUGUUUUAUUUCUCCAAGUAGUCCCCAUGGCUAUACAGAGAGGCGCUUCUAUGGAGGAUCUCACAUGAUCGUCCAUAGGCCUCAGGGUUAUAAUCUAACAUUCACAAGUGUUAAACAGUGACGUUCUCCUGGCUGCCAAUGCGUCAGGCGCUGAAGAGGACUGGCAGGAAGACCAUGGCGACCAUCAUGUGGGUCAGGUUCAGGUAAGUAUAACUCACCUUCCAAUGCACCCUGUGGCCACCGGAAAACCAGCAGAGCUUCUCGAAGACAUAAUGCCAGUAUCACUGUCAAGUAUUAGUACAAUGACAUUGUCUCUAUCGCUUCAUCUGGAGGUGUCAGAGGCCCUGGACUGCUUGACCUAUUCUGCUACAGGGUUUGUCCCUUCUCUAGAGGGAGAAAGUCCAGCAAUGGAGGUUUUGGGAUACUGAAAUCCAAGUCCCAAGUCUGGCAUACCAGUAGUCAUACCACCACAGUCACUUAGAGCUUUAGUUAAACCUCUAGUUCAUGUCUACUUUAUAUAUUGAGUUGCAGCCAUAUGUUUUGCUGUGUAUUGUAAAUCAAGUUUUAUUGAUUGAAAUAAAGAAUUAUGUAAAAGGGCACAGCAAAUAAAAAGGGAGUGGGUGGGUGUAAAAGGUAAUAAAACAGCCUUUACAAAAAAUUGAAUGGUGCAGUACACACAGACCAAUAUGCAUAAAUGGCACACAUAAAAUAAGCUUUUGAGAAUAUAUCAAAAGCAUAUCAUUGGGAUUAGAGAGGGAAGGACUGCAAAAAAUACUGGACAGAGGAGCAUAAAUGAUAAUGGGGAAUCAAGUAAACAAAGAAAAGUAGUUAUCUGCUUCAUAACAACUGAUUGAAGUGAUUAUGGGGCCUGGAGUCUGGCUCCACGUCUCUCUCAUCACUGUGAAACGGUUUGCUCACCUGUCCUGCAUGAAAGAUGCUGUAUGUGUGUGGGAGUCAUUUCUAUGUUGCACUUGAGAAGACAGACAAUUUAAUAUAAGAACUAUUCACAGAUGCAGUGAGGGAGGAAGGAAAACCACGGCAUGAUGGUUGUCAGUGAUGAUCGAUGGAAUCAGUAUUUAUUUACUUAAAUGGUUUAAAAGGUGCUUAUUUUAGCCAUGUUUUUAAUAAAUUCAUAAAAAUGGCAAAUGUGGAUUAAAAUGGCACUGUAAGCUCCCUCUACCUCCCGCCUGCAAAAUGAGUGUUUCCUAAAGUAAGAUCUUUAUGAAAUAUUAAUUUUAACUGUGUUGAAAUUUUACUGAAAUUCCAACCCAAUGAAAAAAAAUAUUCUUUGACAAAGUAGGGAUUUUUCCUUCACCUGAUACUUUUAGGCAUAGCUACCACCAUCUAGAAGUAUCAAUCUCCCAGCUGUCACCACUGGGGUCUCGCAGGAUCCUCCACAGACCUCAUUGCUCAUGCAUGAGAUGCAGCAGUAACGUCUGCCACCAGUGGCGCUGUCACCAUUGGGGGUCAUUGCAAAUUAUGUUAAGUCCCCAGAUUGUGACCAAGCCGCUCUAAAAUAACAAAUAUAUUAAUAGAGUAAACUUAUGAUGAGGAUGUUUCUUCAUUGAUGUAGAAUUGCAGAUAAUCUAAACUGUGGAAACUGGAAGAAGUUUGUGGUUUCUCACCUUAUGGAAUGGUUGCAAUAAUCAAACUGUAUUCAUUUGGCUGUUCGUGUAUUGUGAAUUGCGUUGUGUGCGAAUCCCUUCUCAUGUUGUUUCAACAGACUCAGGAAGCAGAACCCCUGGCACAACCUCCUUUGCAAUCCUGGCUAUAUUCUCAGCACGGUGAUGCCACAGAGAAAUGUCAGUGGGGAAUUGAGCAGUGUGAAGGUAUUGAUAGAGAUUGAAGGAUUCCAGCAGCCGGUAACGUUCACAUGCGAUGGUGAGUUUCAUUAACUUAUUAAAAAAAAAAAAAAGAAAAUCUCCCCUGCGCAACUCCGAUAAAAAUGUAUAACUAAGUACGUGCGCAGUGGUUACUUACUGUAGCUGAUAAAUUCACUCCUGGGCUUCUGGUACUGGUUCCAUAGUUCCAAAUUCCAUCUGCACCAAAAUUCUAAAAUAUAACCGCAUUUGGUAAUCAGUAAGUUCCAAAUCGUUUGCACAAGGUGGAUCCUUAAAAGUACUCAGUUUAUUGAAAAAUAUGCAACAUGGAACAGAAAAUACUUAUAGACCUCAUAAGUAACUUGUGUUCUAGAUGAAAUCCCAAAUAAGUUAACAAAAAGGACACAUCUAGUAGAAAUAAAAAUUCUGAAUCUUAGAUCCAAGUACCUGUGAGAAUGGUGGUGGUGAAGAAGUAAUGAAUGCUAGGAAGGACCCUAAAAGGGUUCUAAAUGAGUUUCACGUUUAUGAGUGAGAACGCAUUAGGGUAAAUGUGAAAUGUAUUGAGAACCCGCUUAAGGUAAUUCCUAGUCUUCAUUACUUCUUUCCCCCUUCUCACAAAUAUUUGGGUAUAGGAUUUUGGAAUUUAUUGAACUAAUUUUUUUUUUUAACGUUUUGUUAACUUAGGUUUUCAUCUAGAUCGCCUGUUACAUGUGUGACAUGUCAUGAUUCCCUUUUAUUCCAGAAGUUUGGUCCUUAAGGGGUUAAGAAUCCCCCGUGUGGAAAUGAUUUGGAGCUUGCUGAUUACAAAGUGGUUCUUUUUUGGAAAUGUUGUAAUUUUAUUACCUUACUUGAGCGAAGACCCUUUGUUUCUGAUUUUUUUAUCCUUCGUUUUGUAGUUUUCAUUGUUUUGAAAGUUGAAUUUUUUUUUAUUUAUUUUUUUAGUUUUUUUUUUUUAGUUUAGUAACCAUUUAUCGAUCUCAACAACCACACACCUUAUGUUCCAUAUUUAGAUAUGUACACAUUUUAUGCCUGUGCUGUGAUCAUGGGUCAUAUGAACACCCAACACAGAAUUCUACACCAUACUAUGUAUUUUUAAAAUGCAGAUAUUUCAGAAUGUUCUUCUAAACGGUAGGUUAUUGCUCUUUUACAAAGAACGGUGUGGGUCAGGUGUGAAUGUUACAUGUUUGUCUAAUAGGGAAAUAGUGAUUAACACUGAAUAGUGGAUUAACACUGGUCUUGCAUUUUAAAGAGCUGAGCUUGCAAUGGCCUUAGCUGUCCAAAGUCCAAGAAAAAGAAUAGUAAAAUGUUUUGUGAAUGAUUCCACAUGAGUUUGCAAUACCCUGCUUAAAGGGACAUUAUAGGCACCUAGACAGCUUCAUCUCAAUGAAGUGGUCUGGGUGCCAUGCCCCUGUUUUAACUCCGCAGUGUUAAACAUUGCUCCUCUGACCGCCACUAGAGGUGUUUCAGUCCAGAUAGGUAAGUGAAGCUUGCCCAUUCCAAUCAGAUGGUUAAAUAGAGACCAACUGAGUAGCACAGGUCUUUGUUUUGCAGCCAUGUGCACUAGCCUCCCAAUGCUUUCUUGGAGAAAACAUUGGAUUGGCAGUUUUAAUCAGCCUUGGAAGUGAGUGGAAACCAGCGCUGCAAUUGAAUAAAGGGAAGUAAUAGGGCACUAUAGUGUUAGAAAUACAAACACACUCUUAACACCAGGUAUAUGCUACCUACUUUCCAUAUAACGGAGUCUGUAUUAGUCCAGUUCUUAUAACGGAGCUCCAUCGUGAGAUGUGCUUUGCUGAAUUUACUCAUAAGAAACUCUGAGCAUAUCCAACUUCUGACCAGUAGGGGGAGCUCAGCAUGUUUGCUGUUAAACAAUAUACAAUGUGCAAAUAGCAAAUCUGUGCAUGCAAUUAAUUGUAUCGCGCAAACAUAUUGCACAGCGCUGAAGUGGAGCUUUGUGUACCCUUUUACCUAUGUUAUACAAUGUUUUUCAUCUGUAAAUGUAUUGUCCUGUAAUAUACUAUAGAAUUCCUUCAUGGACCAUUCAUUAAAGAUAAAUUGUUGUUUUUUAUGCAAAUUAGUGUUUUCCAAGGGAUUUUCUUGUACUGUUAUCUUAUAUUAUCUUGUCCGUGCUACGUCUCUCUCUGCCACAGUAAGUUCACCAGUCGAAGUGAUCAUUAUACAGGCUCUUUGUUGGGUCCACGAUGACUUGAACCAGGUGGACAUAGAAAGCUAUGUCCUGAAAGUGUGUGGUCACGAAGAGGUGUUACAGAAGUAAGUGCCCCAAUGAAUCACUAGCAACAGUCUACUUUUUACUUCUAAUUAUAGCUCCCCUUUGACCUGAUUUUAAAUAUUAACUUUAUUAAGCUUACAAUAUCCCCAGCCAAGUCACUUAGUAAAAAUUUAACUGUGUCACGUUCAUAAUUUCUUAGUGAAUACCACUGACAUGUCUUAACACAACAGCCAGAGACAGCAAAUAUCCUGUUCUUUCAGUCUGGUAUAUUGUGCCUGCAAAUCAAUAUUAGACAAUGUGCAUUUCCACUGUAAAUGCUGUAACCCUUUAAGGUAUCUGGCCUAUUAAAAAGGUGCUGCUCUAUAUAUAGAUAUAUAUAGAGAUAUAGAAAAACAAAUGGACAGUUGUGCUUUUGGAAUCUGAAAAAACUUUGUUCUUCAAAAUUAUGAGUGGAUGGCUUGCAAUUCCUAUAAAAAUGGCCAGAUGUAGAAUUUAUACUUUCCUUCAAUUGCAUCUGGUGACCUUGGUUUAUUGUUCUUUGAUCUUAAAGACAUUUUAAGUUUGUUUCAGUUUUUUUAAUUUCUUAAUCCUGGUUGAGCUGUAACUAUGUCAAACUGUAACACAAAAAAAACCUUGUUAUUAAAAUGAAGCUGUCAUGGGGCAGUGGGUUAGAAAACACUUUACUGAGAGAGUCUUUUCCUUUCUGUUUCAGUAUGGCAGAAAUUAAUCUUGAAUACAUGUUUUUGUUUUGUUUUUUCAGUAAACACUGUCUGGGAAGCCAUGAAUACAUCCAAGUAUGUCGAAAAUGGGAUGCAGAAAUCAGACUACAGUUGCUGUCUGUCAACACAAUGUGCAGAGAUCUUGCUCGCACAGUGAGUAUGCUCACUGUAGCCACUGCAGAUUUAUUAUUGUCUGUUACUACAUAAAAAUACCAUGUAUUGCAGUUUUUGUAAAAAUAAUGUAUAGAAUACAAAUUAAAGGGACACUCCAGGCACAAAAAGAACUUUAAUGCAUUUGUUUAUGCUGUAUUUUUUGAAGGGUAAAAAAAUGUAUAUUUUAUUAUAUUAUGCAUUAAGAAACUUUUUUUGCAGAAAGCUAAAUCAUAAGCCCACCUCCUCAGCCACACCUCCCUCACUCCAGAAAAAUACUUCCUUGUACACAGCUCAGCCACUGGUACUUCAUGAGAGAGGGAGGUGGCAUAUGCUUAAACUGCCAGCAAAAUACUUUGACAGUUUUACUUUGCCCUGUCAAUCUGCAUAAGUUCCUCAUGCUGAUUACUUUGGCUUCGUAUGUUCUCCACUGAGGGCGUCUGUAUGUAGCAAGCAAAGUAGAGGCUAAUAAUUAAAUUAUUAUAUUUAUUUGUAUAUAUUGUGCUUUUGACAUGUUUGAUAAGAUUUAAAUCUCAGAAAAAUCUUGAAAUUGACUCAACUGUUGAGCCAACCUCACCUCAUUGCUGCUUAAAGGACCACUCUAGGCACCCAGACCACUUCAGCUUAAUGAAGUGGUCUGGGUGCCAGGUCCAGCUAGGGUUAACCCAUUUUUUCAUAAACAUAGCAGUUUCAGAGAAACUGCUAUGUUUAUGAAUGGGUUAAGCCUUCCCCUAAUCCUCUAGUGGCUGUCUCAUUGACAGCCACUAGGCGCGUGCUUCUCACUGUGAUUUUCACAGUGAGAACGCAUAGCAUCCAAGAAAAGCAUUAUGAAUGCUUUCCUAUGUGACCGCUGAAUGCGCAGCUCUUGCCGCGCGUGCGCAUUCAGCCCAGGAGGAGGAACGGAGGAGGAGAGCUCCCUGCCCAGCGCUGGAAAAAGGUACGUUUAACCCCUUUUCUCCUUUCCAGAGCCAGGCGGGAGGGGGUCCCUGAGGGUGGGGGCACCCUCAGGGCACUAUAGUGCCAGGAAAACGAGUAUGUUUUCCUGGCACUAUAGUGGUCCUUUAAUGAUAUUCAUUUCAUAUUUCAUUUUUACUAAUUUGCCAAUCUUGAUACUUUCUUCUACAGGCUGAAGAUGAUGAGAUGCAGAUAGAUCUUAAAAAACAUUUGGCUCUUCUUGACAGACCAUUCAAAGAGCCAAUCACACGGUAAUUGAUUUUAUUAGAGGGUUAAAAGAGGGCUAGUGGUAAUAGCUUGAGGGUCGCUUGCCUCUCCUUUGAUAUUUUGUUGAUUUGCCAGAUUGCCUGCAAUAUUCACUAGUUCUAAAGCAGGUUUUCCUGCUGCUUUUCACAUACAUUCAAGGUUUACCAUGGUACACCAAUUUAAGUACAUACUCUAAGCAUCCUUAAUAACAAAACAACGGCUCUCCCUUCACUUAACGCAUACAGCGGCACUGCUACUAUGGAGGUGGCCUUCUGUUUAAACUAUCCAUCUUUGUAUGGCAUUGAUGGGUUGAGAGUGCUUGGCUAACCCUGGUACCCCAACUGCAAGCUUUAAAGUUGGCUAAGUAUCAGGGUGAAUUUGGUGCAGUUUACGGACCUAGAUCACCCAAAGCAUCAUGAGAGCAAAAAAGGUAAUGCAGGUAGAUGCUUUUAAUGCAUGCUAAACAUUGAGUGUUGCUUUAACUUUAAGUGAGUCUGUUUUGUUACCUCAAUGAUCUGUUCUUAACCACUUCAUGAUCAUGUUAUUAACCACUUCUCUGCCAGAAGCCACUAGUCAUAAGUUUAAUGACUGGAAGUAUGCUGAAAUGUCUGCUCACCCCCUGCUUCCAAACAGUACAGGCAGUUUUAAUGGGUCAUACCAUUCCUACAGUUAUGGAGGCGAGGAGUGCUUCAAACUGGAUUUUUUGCCUUCUUUUUCAGCUAUGUAACUAUGUAAUGAGUGAACAUUUCACUGUUAACAUUACACUAGCAGUCCAGAAACUGAUUAAGAUUGCUAUAGUAGUUUGCAAUACCAUUGUUUUACAAAUAUGUAAUUUAACUGUAUUUACUGUAUGUGGGCAAUAUGCUCAAAUGCAGUCGUUCCUUUUACAUUCUGUUGCCAUUUUAGUAAGCUGUACUGUUAGCAAUACCAUCAGGGUCCUUUUCAAGUACCUAUAGUCUUGGUAGUUGACUAUUUUUGUCACAUCGACCAUGCAUUUUUGCUUUAGUAAUAUAAUUUCAGAUACUCUGAAAUAUAAAGAACACUGCAUACUGUCUAAUGCUUUUAAGUUCCCAAAUAUUUUGAUAAAGGUAGAACGAAUAAGUUAAAAUAGAAAUUGUGUACAUUUGCAUCUUUUAAAUUUUUUUAUCUUUUCUGGAAAGCAAUGCACACAUUAGGAUAUGUUGUUUAUAGGGUAGCUAUGCAGCCUUUUUGCGGCAAAUAAAUGUUAUGCUAACAUUUUUUUUUCAAUCAAAAUGUACUCCGUAGUGAAGGAGUUAAUAGUAUAAUGGGUUUUAAAGAUGUCAUAGCUAUUUAGUUAUCACCUUUAUAAUGAAGAGUACUGCAGUCCACACAAAAAAACAUCGGUGCAGUUCAUCUUGUAUUGUACAGUGCAGUGAAAUUUGUUGGCACUUUAUAAAUAAUUUUUGUUUUGUGUACAAAUGGAGGGAGCAGAGCCCCAGGGUGGUCCUCGGGAGUAUGCCAUAUAUGAGACGAGAGCAAACACACAAAGGGAGACUAUGUAGUAUAGUAGAUUAGUAUUAUAUGUGAAGAAGAAAAAACUGUGCACUUACAAUAUGGGAGAUGGUCCAGUGGUAACCUACAUACUACACUGUAUUGGCAUCUGUUUUGUUUAUAUUUUUUCAAGCACUGCACCAUCCCCCAUCAGACCAAGAUACUCACACCAUAUCCCCAGUAGGGGAUCCUAAUAAAUAGGUGCUUUUAAGUAGAGCUUACUGAAAGCUCUACAUAAUGUAAGUGCAUUUCUUUAUUUCUUCACAUACACCACUGAUCUACUACACUUUAUAGUCUCCCUUUUGUGUGUUUGUUCUCGUUCCACAUUUGGCAUACUCCUAUGGACCACUCCAGGUGCCUCUCUCUACAUGUCUACAUCCUUUCUUUCACCAAGACAGGAGAGACUCUGUGUUGGGUUGUUUGAGCUGCCUUCCAUCACCAUCAUCAUUAGCACUACAAACGUGUCCCCUUGUUUUGUUUAGAUUAUGUAUUAUUUAUUAUUGCUCUACAAGGAUGCUAAGGACAUCCUCAUGCAAAGACUCAUUGUGCAAACAACUUUGCUAUUGUUUCUUUUAUUUUGGUGGAACUGAACUGGUAGGACUUUCUUUCCAUGAAACAAUAGUUUUUUGUUUGAAAAUUUCUGUUUUUAUUUUUUAUUUCUCAUCAGGCAUAGCUUUAAAGAAUUGCUGGAUGCCUACCAUGAGCAAGUCAGCAUGUGUCUAAAAAACAAGGUACUAUUCUAGUGAUAUCUCCUGAAAAAAUAUAUAUGGGGUUCAUGCAAGGGUCAAAUGUAGGGUGGCAAUAAUAAUGGACAAUGCCCUUCCCCCUCCCUCGCUUGUGUCCUUCUCCUCUUGCCCUUCCCCCUCCCUCGCUUGUGUCCUUCUCCCCUUGCCCCGCCCCUCCCUCGCUUGUGUCAGUCUCCCCUUGCCCCGCCCCUCCCUUGCUUGUGUCCUUCUCCCCUUGCCCCGCUCCCUCCCCUGCUUGUGCCCUUUUCUCCUUGCCCCGCCCCCUCCCUCGCCUGUGUCCUCCCCUUGCCCUGCCCCUUCCCUCGUUUGUGUCCUGCCCUUGCACCACUCCUUUCCUUGCUUGGUCAGCUGUAAGUGCUGAAAAUUGGCAAAGUUGCAGUCUAAAUAUGUAUUACUAUACAGUGUUUUAAUGCAUGUACUCAUCACCUCUGGAGCACAACUUUUGGAAUGUAUUUAAUCUUUUCUUCAGGGCAAUCAGUACAGAGUUGUUGAUCUUGUGAUUAAAGCAGUCCGAAACCUCUGCAAAACCGCUGACGGUGUGGAAACCCAGGCAAUCAAUGAAUCUAUUAAGAAACUCCGGAGGGCAGUGAACCUCCCCAGGAUAAAGACAGAGGUAACACACAUUUAGAUUAUAUACACUGCAUUAUUAUUAUUAUUAUUGCCAUUUAUAUAGCGCCAACAGAUUCCGUAACACUUUACAAUAUUAUGAGGUGGGGGGAUGUAACUAUAAAUAAGACAAUUACAAGAAAACUUACAGGAACAAUAGGUUGAAGAGGACCCUGCUCAAACGAGCUUACAGACUAUAGGAGGUGGGGUAUUAGAAAUGUUAAGACAGGAAAUAUCAAAUAGGGUGGGAGUGAAGCAGAGUAAAGCACUGCCCUAUAGGAGAGAGCAAGAGACCGGUAUGUAAGGUAGAGGUUACUCUGGGAGGCCAUAAGCUUUCCUGAAGAGAUGGGUUUUAGGGCCCUUCUUAAAUGAUUGAAGACUAGAGGAGAGUCUGAUGGCGGUAGGCAGGCUAUUCCAUAGGAAAGGAGCCGCCCGCGAGAGGUCCUGCAAGUGCGAGUUGGCUGUAGGGGUGCGAGCAGCGGUCAGGAGGUGGUCACGGGCACGAGCGGAGGGAACGAGGAGGGGCAUAGCUAUGGAUCAGUGAAGAGAUAUGAGGGGCUAGAAUUGUUCAGUGCUUUAAAUGUAUGGGUUAGCACUUUGAAUUGACUCCUAUAGGAUACAGGAAGCUAAUGUAAGGACUGACAGUGUGGUGAGGUGUGAGAGAACCGAGUAAAGAGGAAAAUCAGUCUAGCUGCAGCAUUCAUUACAGACUGUGUAGCGGGGCAAAAUGGCUUUUGGGGAGUCCAAUCAGGAGAGGGUUACAGUGAUCUAUAUGGGAAAUUACUAGAGCAUGGACAAGCUCCUUGGUAGCAUCUUGUGUGAGAAAGGGGCGGAUGCGGGCUAUGUUUUUAAGUUGGAACCUACGGGAUUUGGUAACAAACUGGAUGUGAGGCUCAAAGGUGAGGCCAGAGUCAAGUGUGACGCCAAGACAGCGUGUUUGCAAGGAUGGACUUAUGUGGAUAUCACUGACUUGAAGGGAGAGCGAGAGAGGAGGAUCAGUAUUAGGAGGAGGAAAGACAAGGAGCUCAGUUUUAGAGAGAUUGUGUUUCAGAAAGUGUGAGGACAUCCAGUAUUAGGAGAUGUAAAUCUGAGUGUCAUCAGAUUUACAUCGCUGAUGACACUCAGAUUUACAUCUCCUCCCCAGACCUCUCCCCUGCCGUCCUGAAGCGUGUCACUGCUUGCCUUUCUUCCAUCUCUGACUGGAUGUCCUCACGCUUUCUGAAACUCAAUCUCUCUAAAACUGAUAGCGGAAUCCAAAAGAUACGUUUGCCAAGAGAGGCAGUAUAAAGAGAAAAUAGAAGGGGACCAAAGACACACCUGGUGAACUCCAACUGAGACAGGAUGAGGGGAGGAGGUAUCCUUGGAAAAGCAGACACUGAAUGAGCGUUGUGAGAGAGAGGAGGAAAACCAAGAGAGGACAUAGUCACAGAGACUGAGCGAUUGAAGAGUUUGAAGGAGGAGAGCAUGAUCAACGGUGUCAAAAGCAGCAGAGAGGUCAAGGAGAAUUAAUAUGGAGUAGUGACCUUUGGAUUUAGCUGCGAUUAGGUCAUUAGUAACUUUGAUAAGCGCAGUCUCAGUAGAGUGGAGAGGGCGGAAGUGAGACUGAAGAGGGUCAAGGAGAGAGUUGGAAUUGAGGAAGUGAGACACACUGGUAAAGACAAGUUUUUCCAAAAGCUUUGAUGAGAAAGGGAGCAGGGAUAUGGGACGUUUAGUUAGAGGGGGAGGACAGGUUAAGAGAUGUUUUUUUUUUCAGGAUAAGUACUACAGUGGCAUGUUUAAGGUCAGCAGGAACAGUGCCAGAAGAGAGAGAGCAGUUGAAGAUAUGUAUUAAGGAAUUCACAAGACAGGAGGAAAGAUCUGAUAAGGUGAGACUGGACAGGAUCCAGCGGGCAAGUGGUGGGGCGAGAGGAAUGGAGAAGCACAGCUACCUCUUGUUCAGUAGCCUGGUAGAAGGUCCCAAGGGUAGGGAAGGCGUGAUUUCCGUGUGGUUGAGAAAGAGAACGGCAAGGAGGGGAGAAUUGUUUCCUUCGUUGUUCGAUCUUGUCGGUAAAGUAGCUUGCAAAGUUAUCGGCUGUAAGGUUAGUUUGGGGGGUGGCCACAGCAGGGCGGAGAAGAGAAUUAAAUGUGUCAAAGAGACGUCUGGGAUUGCGGGAGCAUGAACUAAUGAGAAAGGAAAAGUAUGACUGUUUGGCGAGGGCAAAGGCUGCGCUGUAUGAAAGCAACAUGAGUCUAUAAUGGAGAAAAUCUGCCUGGGUGUGGGACUUCCUCCAGGAGCGUUCUGUGCAAACGUUUUAGGCAGGUGUCUCUUAAAAAAAAAAAAAAAGGAAAAAAAAAAAAAGAAGAAAUGUUAAUGGUCUCUCUUUAUCAAUUGACAAAAUGCAAAGUGAGUGAAGAAAAUCAACAUUGUAUCAAAAUAUCACCUUUAGUCUUGCUAAUCUGUUAUUUUUUUUACGGUAUAAAAUUCUGAUAAGACCACAUCCUUUAAAAAACUUGCUUUUCCACCGUGCUGUAUAGCAGAAAAGCUGGUUUGGAAUUAACUGUAAGUCAGAGUUCAGUUGCUAUGCAGUUCACUAUGAAUGGAGAAGGUCAGUUAAUUCAUGAUGUGAUGUGCGUAAAAUGUCUCACGCCCAUCCAAUCAAAUGCUUUCCACAGGAAAACAUUGAAUUCUGUGCUUUCUUAUGAACUGCAUUUCAAGAUGUUGAACGUCACAUGACUUUCAAUCUGUUGUUACUGCGAAAGUGCCUGUAGUGGCUGUCUGUUUGUCAACAAUCUACAAAACAGCAAUGUUUUACAUUGGCAGGUUAGAUCUACAGGGCUAUUGCAUCCAGACCCCUUUAUUACGUCUGGAGUGCAUUUAAUGUUUUGUUUUUGGUUUAAUGUUUUAAUGAUUUUUUUAAUAUAUUAAUACUUUCUUGUAGAAGGAACUACUAUCUUAUUAAUCUCUGAAGACUUACUGAUCUGAUCUUUGAAUCUGUUGACCAGGACAGGUCUAGAAGGGCAUUAAUUUCACAAACAGACUUGUGCCAUUGGUUGCAUUUUGUGACGGUCUAUGGAAAUUUUGUGACGUAGUUCUAGAUUUUGUACCGAUUUGUAAUCGGUGAGGUUGAAAUACCAAAUUAAGUCAUUACUGGGGGUGUCCACCUAUAGUCCACAGUGUAGUAUAUCAAUCAGGCCUGAUAACAGAGCAGUAAGUUUCAGUCUGUUUGUCUGCCUGGAACACAUACCAGUAAUAAUAAUAAUAAUUGAUAAAACUGUCUGUUAUACUGAAUAUUUAAACACUGGACAGAUUUGGAAGAGAAGAAAAGCAAAACUAGAAUUAUAGUUUAUGGAUAUUAUGCUAGAAUCAUUAGGGCCACAUCUUAUAUAAGCACAUAUAUAAUUUAUUUUCCUUUAAAAGCCUUGGUAUGGGACAUUUUAUUUAUUACAUCACAAAUUAUUUUAUUUUUUUUUAUUUAUUUUUUAUAUAGGAUUCAACCAGAACCACAGAUGGGUCUGACUCCAUUGCUUCAGACGGUAAGUACACAGGGAACGAUCAGAGUGAGUGCUGUCUAUUAAUAUCAUAAUACAAUGCUACUUAUUGUUGUACUCUGUCGCUUGGUUCUGUCCGGAGCGAGCGUUGUCUAUUAAUACGAUAAUGUUACAAUGUUACUUAUUGCUGCUCUGUCACUAGGUUCUGUCUGUAGCGUGCGCUGUUUAUUGAUACCGUAAUACAAUGUUACUUAUUGCUGCUCUCUGUCACAAGGUUCUAUCUGGAGCGAGCUUGGUCUAUUGAUACUGUAAUACAAUGCUACUUAUUGUUGUACUCUGUCACUUGGUUCUGUCCGGAGCGAGUGCUGCCUAUUGAUACUGUAAUACAAUGUUACUUAUUGCUGCACUCUGUCACUAAGUUUGGUCUGGAACGUGUGCUGUAUAAUAACGUAAUACAGUAUCACUUAUUGCUUCACACGGUCACUACGUUCUGUCUGGAGCGGGCGUUGUCUAUUAAUAUCGUAAUACAAUGUUAAUUAUUGCUACUCUCUGUCACUAGGUUCUACCCGGAGUGAUAAUCCUUUAGAGGAGAGUUUGAGUGCUCUUACUACUGCCGUUCACAAUCUUCUUCAACUCCACUUUGACUCAUUUGUCACAUCCAGUUCCGUUAAAGCCACUAGUAAUGACAGAAUCACGAAAGAAGCCCAGAGCACUGCAGACCAUCUGCAGUUCACCAUUUUUGCUGCCCAUGGAAUACCUACAGCCUGGGUAUCCUGGUGAGCACAUACUCUGAUGCUUUUCCCCUCAGUAGAAGAUUUUAGCACUUAGUACUGAAGUUUCACUGUUUUGUUUUUAUCCUGUGUAUUUCUAGAGGUCUGCAGAAUCCACAGUCUGGUGAAGUUUUUCAUUAGUUAUACUGUGUGUUAAGGGAUUAUGAGAGUAGCAGUGAGUAAGGUUGCCUGUCAGGACAUUAUGGGAGAUGAGUGCAGCAUUGAGUUAGGUUGCCUGUCAGAGGAUUAUGGGAGUAUUAGUGAGUUAGACUGUCUGUUAGAGGAUUGUGGGAGUUUAAGACUACCAUGUCAUUUAUAUCUGUAAGAGAUGUUUCUCAUUAAUGGUGUAUAUUUCACUUUCUUUGCAGCUUUGAAAAGUACUACCUGGUUUGCUCGCUUGUCCAUAAUGGGAAGGACACGUUUAAACCUAUCCAGUCCAAAAAAGUGGGAACUUACAAAAGUUUCUUUUAUCUUGUCAAAUGGGAUGAACUGUAAGAAUUUUAAUGACUUGGUUUUUAUUGCAGUUAUGUAGAUAUUUUGGAAUAUAUACUGUACACAUAUUUGGCACAAUUUGAAAAGAUAAGGUUACUUGAAAUAUAAUACAUACAUAGUUAUUCACUAAUGUGAGAAUUGUCAGGAAUUCAAUGUAAAUUUAGAUUUAAAUCACUAGUAAGGAAGACUCUGUUUAAAUCAUAAUUUUCUACAUAAAGGCGUAAAUUUCUUUGUUAUAAUCUUAAUAUUUAUAACAGAAAUGUUUCAUGUUUAGAAGAAUGACCUUUUCAGACUAGGUUAAUAGAGUUAAGGUCUUUUUCUGAGCUCUGUUUAUUUUAUAAAAUUUUUGCUGUGGAGAAGAUGCAUGUUAUCUCCAGAAAUCCAAGCAUCUCUGAUAAUUUCUUCUAGAUUAAGAAAAUCUGUUCAAAACAAUGUUUCAGGAACCUCUGAGAGCGUGAAUGGAUUAAUUAAACUAUUCUUAUUUAAUAAUCUUUGGAUUAUAAUAGAUCUUAAAUAUAAACUAUAUUUUUUAAUUAAUUUUUUUUUUCCCACCAUGGCUGGUCACCAAUUGAAAGAGAAGUGCUUUGUGCAGAACGGUGAAGGAAUGUAGUUAGAGGGUUGUGGUUCUGACAUAUAUAUUGCUCUUUAGGAGCUCUGCAGCCGAACAAUUCUAUAGUCACCUGAGAUCCUGGGCAGUAAUCUAAUCUGUAGUGCCAGUCCUGAUAUGUCCUGCAUGCCCCCAGUUUUCAAACACAGACUGCACUCUGAUUUCCUUUCCCAGCUGCUAUCUCACUGUAACAUGUAUUAUUCAUAUAUCAAAGAGUGAGCAUGGUCUACACCCACAGUGUGAAUGACUUAAUUCUUCUUUAUUUUUCUCCAGGAUAAUUUUUCCCAUCCAGAUAUCACAGAUGCCUCUAGAAUCCAUUCUGCAGCUGACAUUGUAUGGGAUACUAAACCCAAACAGUGGUGGUUCUCCUGAUUCCAACAAGCAGAGGCGAGGACCAGAGCUCCUGGGUCAAGUCUCUCUACCACUCUUCAAUUAUAAACGGUAAGAAAGGCCGAUGUCCAUAAUAUUAACUUGGUGUUACAGGGAUUAUGCUGUGGCCAGCUUUCCUGUUACUGGGGUCAGUUCAUUAUAUGCCAGCUGUGGCCAGCCUUCCCUUUAAUGGGGUCAUUAUACAGCAGCCAUGGCUGGUCUUUCAGUUACUUGGGUCAUUAUACAGCAGCCGUUGCCGGCUUUCCCUUUAAUGGGGUCAUUGUACAGCAGCUGUGGCAAGCAUUUCCAUUACUGGUGCCAUUAUAGAGCAGUCGUGGCUGGCCUUCUGGAUUCUCGGCUCUGUGUAGAGCAACCGUGGCCAGCCUUUCCGUUACUGGGGUCAUUGUGCAGCUGCUCUGCCCUGCCUGCCUGUUACUAGGGUCAGUACCCCAGUACUGUACAGCAUCCGUGGCCAGCCUUACUAUCAUAGGAAGCAGAAAGCAUACAAUAGAACUGACUGAAGCCCUGGCUGUACGUUGCUGACAGCACUGCUGCAGUUGAUUACUGAAGACAUUAUUUUUUUUAUAUUUAUAUAGUGCCAACUUAUUCUGCAUCACUUUCCAGUAUUGUAAAAUGGGUAAAUUUAAAAAUAAAUGAGACUAUUACAAAAUGUUACCUGGAACAAUAGGUUGAUGUGGAUACUGCUCAAAUUAGUUUACAGUCUAGUGGAGGUGGGGUAUAAAAACACAAUAGGAAGGGCAUUGAGGGGUAUAGCAACCAAACGACAGGGUGGGAAAGUAGCAGGGCUGGAAUGUAAGCAUGGAGUGUGGCCUUUUAGGAGAACGCAAUAGACAGGUUUGAGAAAUUGGUGUUACUAUGGGAGGUUAUAAGCUUAUCUGAAGAGAUGGGUUUUCUUAAAUAAUUGAAGUCUAGGUUAUGGGGUAGGCAAGCUUUUCCAAAGGAAAGGAGCCGCCUGCAGGAAGUCCUGCAGACGCAAGUUAGUAGUAAGAGUACAAGCAGCGAACAGUAGAAGGUCACUGGCAGAGACAACCUGCAAUGAUGAUCUCAGUCAGGGGAGCAGUGGCAGCUGUGGUGAGCCUGACGCUCUGGGGGACUAAAGGAAAUAAAAAAAAUAAACAAAAAUUAUAAUUGUUGUAGUGGGGAGGCUAAAUCUAUAUAGAUAGGAAAACACAAUAAAGGAAUACGUGUUUGUAUUCUUAACGUUAUAGUGUUCCUUUAGGAUUUUUGUUGUUGUUGUUGGCACUGUAUUACUUGCUCUGUGUAUUGCACGCAAUCCCACUUAGAUUUUUUUUUUGUUUACUUCAUUUUUAUAAAAAGAAUGUAUUCGCUAAAUCUUAUUCAGGCAACUUCAGAUGAACCGUUUUAUUUCAGCUCAAAUUCUUAUAGCAUUUUUAGUAUGUGAUUCUUAUAUAUUUUUAUUUUUUUUGUUCUUUAUUCACAAUUUGAGAUACUGGUAACAUAUCGGGAUAAAGUGCUUAAGUCUAUAACCUUUGUUUCCUAUGGAUUUAGGCUGCUAACUUGUGGAACAAAGCUUUUAAACCUGUGGACGUCCUUCCCUGUUAACCCAGCUCCUGGAACAGUUAGAAAGUCCAACCAGAUGCAAAAACUCGUUUUACAGGUAUAAUCCAUUUAUUAGGCUCGGUGUUUAGCAGUUUUGUUUUCCUAUUGUUGACACAGUGUCUGUAACCAGAUGUGGCAUUAAAUGUAUGUAUAGACAUAGGUCUUAAAGGGACACUAUAGGCACCCAGACCUCUUAAUCUAAUUGAAGUGGUCUGGGUGCUGUGUCACUGCCCCUUAACCCUGCAACAUAAAACAUAGCUUGUUUUUUGGGUUGUCUUUUUUUUAUUUAUUUUUUUUUUAAACUGCAAUAUGUACAUUGCAGGGUUAACUCCUCCUAUAGUGGCAAUCCCACUGACAGCCACUAGAGGCGCUUGCACGGUACAGACAGCGUAAAAUUCAGACGCAUGAUGCAGAAGCCCCAUAGGAAAAUAUUGAUUCAGUGCUUUCGUAUGAGAACAUUUGAAUGCUUGUGGGAUUGGACACUUACAAAGGAGACAGCGACGAGGGAGCCUCAGUGCAAUAAGAUACGCAGACUUUUAUUCUUGCUGGGGGUGUGUGACCUAUUUAGAGCUAAUUGCAGCGACUCUAUAGUUUUAGGAAUGCAGAUCUGUAUUCGGAAUUCUUCAGUGUUUGUUUAAGGUUUAUGUAAAGAACAUAUCUAGAACCCUAACUAUAAAUAGAACAAUCACCAUGGAAACCAAUGGAAUAUUCCUUCUGAUUGAUUCCAAAUGGUGUCUGUAUGUCAGGAUUAUUUAAUGACUUGCGCAUAUAAAUCUUCUCAGAAUGUACAUAUAUAUCGCUAAAUGGAAAGAGUAGCAGUUUCCAUAAUUUAGAAAGUAGCUGUUUCCAGCGUAUUGUUCUGUUACAUGAUUUUUUAGAAAUUAUGUGUAUAUCUGUUUGUUUUAUGUUGUAGGGAGCGAUUUAAAAGUCCUUCUUGUUUUCAUUUCGAAGGUUGAUUUCCCAUCUCCUGCGUUUGACAUUGUUUACCACACUCCUGAACCUGCAAGUAGCAACGCACGGCAAAACAUUGACACCCUGAGCAAGGAGGCUAAGUCCAGGCUUCUUUCACUUCUUGCCAAAGAUUCCAUUUUUGGGUAAGUUCCUAUUGUAAAUAGCACACCCCAUCACUAGUGUGUAGCAGGACUCUUUGAGUUUGCUAGAAGCAGACAUAAAAGAUGUUCCAGUACUGAAGCAGUCAAACAAAUCCUUCAUUUGUUGGACCCUGCAGCUUGCUUUGACUUUCUUUGAAGGGGAAUGGAGAUAUUUUUCGUUAUUGUUGGAUUCAAUUUUUUCUCACUAUAAACUUGCAAGAGGGUGCUCUGAAAAUAUUCUCUAUCGGUUUGUGGGGAUCAUACUAAAGUGUUUAGAAAGCGUGCGUUACUGUUACAUAGAAACCUAGAAUGUGACAGCAGAUAAGAACUGUUUAAGAACUAGUCUGCCGAAUUUUCUAAAUACUUUCAUUAGUCCCUGGCCUUAUCUUCUAGCUAGGAUAGCCUUAUGCCUAUCCCAGGCAUCCUUACACUCCCUCACUGUGUUAGCCUCUACCACUUCAGCUUGUAGGUUAUUCCAUGCAUCCACUACCCAUUCAGUAAAGAAAUAAAAUGUGAAGUUCUAACAGAUUUUUUUGUUACAUGUGAGUUUACAGACGAAGAGGUUCUAUUUUAACUGUCAAAAGUAAUGACAAGUUGAUGGGGCCUGAUAGGAUUCACCAAAAGUUACUAGCAAAACCAUUAACAGAUUUAUUUAAGCAAUCAUUGUUGACAGUAGUAGUCCCAGAAGAUUGGAAGGUAGCAGGUUGGAGUCGGACAACUAUAGGCCAGUAAGCAGUAGUGGGGUUUGAAACCAUGUUAAAGGAUAGGAUUGUUGAACAUGUAAAAUCACAUGGAUUUCAAGAUCGGAGUCAACAUGGGUUUACUUCAGGGAGAUCAUGCCUAACUAAUCAUACUGAUUUUUCUGAUUGGGUUACUAAAAUAAUAGAUAUGGGUGGUGCAGUAGACAUUGCUUACCUAGAUUUCAGUAAGGCUUUUGACACUGUUGCAUAUAGAAGGCUAAUCAGUGAACUGCAAUCUUUGUUUUGGAUUUCAAUAUUGUUGAAUGGAUAAGGUAGUGGCCGAGUGACAAGUAACAGAGGGUUGUAGUCAAUGGAGUAUAUUCGAAGUUUGGGCUUGUCACCAGUGGGGUACCUCAGGGAUCUGUACUUGGACCCAUUCUCUUUAAUAUUUUUAUUAGUCAUAUUGCAGAAGGACUUGAUGGUAAGGUAUGUCUUUUUGCUGAUGAUACUAAGAUAUGUAACAGUUGAUGUUCAAGGAGGGAUAAGCCAAAUGGCAAAUGAUUUAGGUAAACUAGAAAAACGGUCAGAGUUGUGGCAACUGAUAUUUAAUGUGGAUAAGUGCAAGAUAAUGCAUCUUGGAUGUAAAAACCCAAGGGCAGAGUACAGAAUAUUUGAGAGUCCUAACCUCAACAUCUGAGGAAAGAAAUUUAGGGGUGAUUAUUUCUGAUGACUUAAGGGUAGGCAGACAAUAUAAUAGAGCAGCAGUAAAUGCUAGCAGAAUGCUUGGUUGUAUAGGGAGAGGUAUUAGCAGUAGAAAGAGGGAAGUGCUCAUGACAUUGUACAGAACACUGGUGAGACCUCACUUGGAGUAUUGUACGCAGUACUAGAGACCAUAUCUUCAGAAGGAUAUUGAUACUCUAGAAAGAGUUCAGAGAAGGGCUUCUAAACUGGUUCAUGGAUUGCAGGAUAAAACUUACCAGGAAAGGUUAAAGUAUCUUAACAUGUAUAGCUUGGAGUAAAGACGAGACGGGGGGAAUAUGAUAGAAACAUUUAAAUACAUAAAGGGAAUCAACACAGUAAAGGAGAAUAUAUUUUAAAAGAAGAAAAACUACCACAACAAGAGGACAUAGUCUUAAAUUAGAGGGACAAAGGUUUAAAAAUAUCAGGAAGCAUUACUUUCCUGAGAGGGUAGUGGAUGCAUGGAAUAGCCUUCCAGCUAAAGUGGUAAAGGUUAACACAGUAAAGGAGUUUAAGCAUGCGUGGGAUGGGCAUAAUGAAAGUAUUUAGAAAAUUGGGCAGACUAGAUGGGCCAAACGUUUAUCUGCCGUCACAUUCUAUGUUUCUAUAUUACCAACCAGAAAGAUGAAGGUCAUUGUGUCAGAUACUGUCCCAGGAAUUCAUCCAGAGUGAGGAGGAGGCUGGAAGGAGUUGGAUCUGCCAGAUUGCCCAAGGAGAAACUUUUCUUUACUGUCUCUUAUACUGUAAGGUCAUUUACUGUAAACUGUGUAACUGUGUAGGGUAAGCACACUCAAAGUUUUUUGUUUUUUUAAACCGAGCGAGCACUAUUUAUUUUUAUAUGUAUUUUUCUUGUGGUUUUUUUUCCACUCAAAUGGAGACCUAAUCCCAAAUUCUAAAUUAAGUAUAUUUUUUAAGAAAAAGUACUUAACUACCACCACCAUCAAUACUACAUAAAAAGUGCGUACAAAAAUAUGGUGUUAAAUAACUCUUAACUUAAUAAUUAAAGAAUCCGACAAUGGAGGAUCAUUUAUCUAGGAGAUUUCAACUGUAUUUUAGACCCGGUACUAGAUAGGAGUAGUCUGAAAGGCAAAGGAAAUGAAAAUUACACUAGGGGCUCGUCUAGGACCUUUCAACGACAUUCUGAGGAAGAGUGGUAUGUAUGAUUUAUGGUGGAUAUGGAACCCUCAAGAAAUGGAUUAUACCUGCUUCUCUUGUGUACAUCAAGUCUAUUCAAGAUUAGGGGUUAAAACCCCUUUAGCCACUUACCUUUCACCAGCACCGUGCUCCCUCUGUGCUGGUGACCUCUCCUCCCCCUGCCGACGCCAGGUCUGAAUACGCAUUCAAACCGCCCAUACUUUUGCCCAUACUAGUCCAGCGUCUUCUCACCGUGAUUUUGACAGUGAGGAUCACGGAAGCCCCUCUAGCGGCUGUCAGUGAGACAGCCAGUAGAGGCUGUCUUAACCCUCAGUGAAACAUAGCAGUUUCUCUUUUUUUUUUUUUUUUAUACCAUAUUUAAGGUUCUGAAGGUCUCUAAAGACCAGUUAAAUCCGCUGAGUAAACCUAUUUCUCUGAUUGAGGUUAGUACCGCUAUCAAAAAAACUCAAAGCACACACAUCCCCGGGCCUGGAUGGCUUUAGUUAUGGUUUUUAUAGACUAAUGAAUGAAGACCUAGACGUAGUUCUCCUCCUCAAUAUGUUUAAUUACAUUAUGUCAACAGGUAAUAUUCCACAUGAAAUGCUAAAAGCCCAUAUUGUGCCUAUUCCUAAACAAAAUGAGAAUCCAGAACAGUUGGCAAUUUAUAGGCCCAUUACCGUAUUAAACAUUGAUAUUAAUCUAUAUUUAGCAAUAAUUGCAGCAAGACUAAUAUCAUACCCACAAUUUUACACCAGGAUCAAACUGAAUCCAUGUCAAGCAGGUCUCCAGUGUAUAAUAUUAGGAGAUUAGUGGACAUUGUGGAUAUGGCCUAAAUAAAGGGAUUGUCCUUCCCAGCCCUUUCGUUGGAUGCCAAAAAGGUAUUUGACAGGGUCAGGUGGGACUUCCUAGAUGCAGCUUUUGGUAUACAUGGAGAUAUUAGAGGAUCCAUAAUGGCCUUAUAUACUAAUCCGACAGCUAAGGUGGUUGGUAGCGGGUUCUCCUCUUAAUGGUUCCAAUUUAAAAAUGGGACCAAACAGGGAUGCCCGCUCUCACCACUUUUAUAUUUAAUUGCUUUAGAACCUUUAGCUGUAGCAAUAAGAGCCAAUUAUCAAAUCAAAGGGCUGCAAGUUAUAGAUGAUUGUGUUAAGCUAAUUAUGUAUGCAGAUGACUUAGUACUCACACUUAGUGGCCCGAAGAACUCUGUGAGAGAAUUGAUACCUUUGAUGGAGGAAUUCUAUACUUUCCAGUUAUAAACUAAAUUUUGAUAAAUCAGUCGCACUGCUGCUCAAUUUGCCUCAGGAUGUCGUUGAAGGCCUGAUGCAGGUUUUUGUUUUUUGUGCCAUGGAAUCAUUUUAGUUGUCUAGGGGUGGAGAUCGCCUGUGAUCCCUUUAAAAUAAUGGAACUCAACUUCUUACCAUUGCUAAAAGAAACCUGCAGAAAAAUGAAAAAAUUGAGGAAUAUUGAGAUUUCAUGGUGGGAGAGAAUUAAUACGGUGAGAUCAUAUGUUCUCCCCAAGUGCAUUUACCUGUUUCGUUUGUUACCUUUGGCUUGCCCAGACAGCUGGAUGACUCUUGCACAGUCCCUAAUUAAUACGUUUAUAUGGGCGGGGAAACACCCACAAAUUAAUGCUAACCAUUUAGCGUUAAAGGUUAAAUCGUGAGGCCUAGGGUUACCCCUUCUAAAAGAAUACCAAAAAGCCUGCAACUUAGCAUGUCUUUAUCACUCAAAGAGAAAAUGCCAAAGAACAAAUAUGGUAUAAAAUCGAACAGUCCCUGAUUCAGACGGAGCAGCAUAAUUUGGAUCUGAGCGUUCUAUUUUGGCAAAUAAAUAAGCCCUUCAUUAGGGAAAUCUGGAAGUAUGAUCUUGUAAUGUAAUGAACUACUGGGAGAAAUGUAAAAAAAUAAAAAUCAAUUCAAAAUAAAGUAAUUGCUUAUCUUCCUAUAACCUAUUUAUCCUAUAAUAUAGGUGAUUUAAAUAUACGAAAUUGGAUCAAAUGUGGUCUUCCGAAAAUAAGUGAUUUUAAUAAAUAACAACAACUUUAAGGACUUGUUGCGUGCUGAAUAUAAGUUAGAUAACAAAGAAGUUUAACUAUCUUAGAAUAAAAGGUUUCUUGAGUAAUUAUUUAGCAGUUGGAAAAUAAAACUAAUCUUAUUGGAAAAGCUAUUGGGGCAAAAAAAACUACUCCAACAAAGAUAGUAGCUGACUGUCUAGAACUGGUUAAUAGGGAUCAAGAUAUACCCACACUGUAGAAGUCGGGGACAGUUUUAAAUAUUCAAAUUAGCUGAAAGGAAUGGAGAUAUUCUAGGAGUGUGGUAUGUAAAAGUGUUCAUUGUCUCAAUCUAUUAGAGUGCCACUUCAAGCUUUUAGACAUAUGGUAUUUGGUGCCACAUAGAUUGUGUAAAUUCUUUCCAAAUCAGGAACACAGAUGUUAGAGAUGUGGGAACCAAAGAGCUGAAUUUCUACAUAUCUGGUGGGAGUGCCCCCUAUUAAGCUAUUUGGAAUAUGAUCAGGAGUAAAAUUCAAGCAUCUAUCCGUAAACCCUUUUAUUAUGGUCCUGACUUAUUUCUACUACAGCUUAACGUUAAGCAUACUUUUGGAAAUUAUACUCCCUUGGUUACUCACAUAUUAGCUGAAAAAAUUAUGAAAGCCAGAUAUUGGAAAUAAUCUAUCACCCCAAUUUGGACUUUGACCCCUUAAGGACCAAAUUUCUGGAAUAAAAGGGAAUCGUGACAUGUCACACAUGUCAUGUGUCUUUAAGGGGUUAAAUAACAGUUAAAAUUUCAACUAAGAAUGGAAAGCGGUAUUAUAAAGGUUCCACAUGACAUGUUGUCCUUAUGGUUAAGUCUAAAAGAGAGAGCCUGUAAAAGCUGAUUAUGGUUUGGGUGGGUUUUACCCUCCUUGGUAUUUAUUUUUUGCUCUCUUUUUUUAACUCUGAAUGAAGGGUACAUCUAGGACUCUGUAUUCUCUCCAGGACAAGAGAAAUUUGGAAAAACACUAUGGCCAUUUUUGCUUUGUCUUGUCUGUGUAUGUUUAAGCAAGUUUGUCCUUUGAUCCUUACCUUCAGAGUCAGAUCGGGAGUGUGGGGUUUACAAUCUGCUUGUUAUGUAUUUUAAUUUUUUUUUAAAAAUUUACGAUACGUUUUGAUACGUUCUUUAUACGCUCUGAAGGUGAGCUUAUGGAUAGUAAAUGUCAAGAAUUGUAUAUUGUGUUUACAUAUGAAAAACUAAUAAAAAAAUAUAUAAGGGAAAAAAAAAAAUCUUGGUAAAUGGAAAAUAGUGGCAGCUUCUCCAGGAGUCCUUCCCAAAUAGUCAGCCAAUAGUCAAUGUGUAUGAAAAGAACACUAUGGGGGUACAAAUUUAGAUCUUAAAAUAACUCACAUAUAAAAUAGCUUGAUAACAUAUUGAUAUGGAUAGACAAGGCAAGCUCAAAUACACUAACAGAAUCUGGAAGAUAAAAUAGGCUCCAAGGUGCCUCCCAUGAUUACAUGGGGCAAAUGGACACAAUAGUCAACCAAUUAAAAGACACCUUUCUCCAAGGAGCUUCAGCGGUAUACAGCAGUAUUAAUGAUAAAAUAUUUUAUUUCCAAGACAAUAGUGCAUACAAAUACUUAAAUAUAAAUACAGCUCUACAAAUUACUUUCUUUAGAAGGACUUUAAUUUACAUUUAUAACAAAGCAAAUAAACAAUGUUGCUUUUGCACUAUUUAUUACCUUUUGGUUUGCUGCGUUUUAGAGAUAAAUUUGGUCCAUUUGCGCUAUUUUAUAUGUAUUCUUUUGUAGAUUUAAAACUAUAUCCCUGCUUUUGUGCCCAGGCUGUCCCCAGAUAUGUUGUCAAACUACAGUGAACUGUAUUGCUUGGAGUAUUCCUUUAAAGGAGCACUAUAGGCACCGAGACCACUUCAGCUUAAUGAAGUGGUCUGGGUGCCAGGUCCAGCUAGGGUUAACCCAUUUUUCCAUAAACAUAGUUUCAGAGAAACUGCUAUGUUUACGUUAGGGUUAAUCCAGCCUCUAGUUGUAAGAAAUUAUGACCCUCUUACAAGGAUAUUCUUUUAGGGAAUGUGUGACAAAUAAGACAUAAACACAAGUGUAUAAUAAAAUGUAUUGUAAAUAUUCAUUUAAGGAUACUGUUAGAUUUUAAAAGGAUAUACACAAUAUACAUUAUACAUUAUAUCCGGUACAUAAUCAAAAGCUACAUAAUAAAAGGCAAUACUUAAACAUUUAAAUGCAGGUCUUCCCCUUGCGCCUUCAUCUUGGGUAAUCUGGGACAGCCUCUCUUAGUUCACCAUGGCCCUGCUUGCUGCGUUGUCCUCUCCAAAGAGAGAGAGAAAGAGAGAGCCUUCCUUGGUUGUUGUCCUUUUAAAGACUGAUUCUUGGAGUAAUAAACUACAAGUCCCAGAAUCCCUUUUCCCUCCCAAAAGUGGUUUAUCCCGCCCUCUUUCUCCAGAGAGUUCUGUCUUUACACAAGUCUUUCCCUUUGAUCUUUUCCCUCCAGCCAUACUGUAACAUCGUGAAAGACCAGUUGAUUAGGUUUCUUGGUAGAUUGGACAGGAUUGCUUGGGAAAACACACACUUCCAUGGUUACACCUAGAUGUUAAAACUGGUUGGCAGGAGAACUGCUGGAGGGAUGUAAGCUUUUGUCUUAGCUGAGUGGUGUAAAAUGCAACUGAACGCUUUGAUCCUUAUCACACUGUUAUCAAGUAAAUGACCCCCACUUGUGAAACCAGUCACAUACACAGAAAGUUAUAUACAAUAUUGCAGUUUGGAAUAUCAAUUUCUUACAUAGUGGCUGUCUCAUUGACAGCCGCUAGAGGCGCUUCGACGCUUCUCACUGUGAUUCUCAAGGUGGGGGCACCCUCAGGGCACUAUAGUGCCAGGAAAUCAAGUGUUUUCCUGGCACUAUAGUGGUCCUUUAAGGACAAGGUAAUUCUCUUUAUUUUGUGACAUGGCUGAUUUUUUUUAUUUUUUUUUGUUAGUUUUUGAAGAAACACUGUAGGUAAGUGGAAAAACUCAUGUGCCUCCAAACACUUCCAUGUCUUGGAUGACAGCAACACACAUGAUGCUAUGGACUUGCUCAUGUGCACGCUGGCAUCUGCAGAAAAAUAUGCCAGGAAUAUAAUAUUCAGAAGUUUUUUUUGUUAAUGUAAAAAUAGCGCAACGCUAAUUUUUAGUUCCACUUUAAAUACAUUUCUGAAGCUCUCACCAUGUGGAUUGAUUUGUCAAUCAUAGGUAAACGCUCUGAUCACCGCAGCAUUAUACUGUUCUAAUUUGUAGUGACUGUCUGAAUGUGAUUUUGUUUGUCUCUGCAGGUUAUCAAAGGAAGACAAGGAAUUUUUAUGGGAAAAACGUUACUAUUGUCAUGAGUAUAAGGACAGCCUUCCAAAGAUUUUGGCAAGUGCCCCAAGCUGGGAUGUAGCUUAUCUGAGUGAAAUCUACUCGUUAAUCCUUGACUGGCCUCCACUGCAUCCUGUCACUGCUUUGGAAAUGCUGAAUGUGAGGUAUGUUCGUCGCAAAAGAACAAUAGUUACUUUUCUGACAUCUAGCAGCAGUUCAGGAGGGAUGUUCAAACUAGAGUAGGACAAGUAGCCUUUAAAUACAUUUUUAAAAAUAGGUUAAUCAUUUAAACAUAUAUAUCACCCCUUCACACAUAAACUGGAGAUCCAAACCAAAAUCCACAGUUCUCACUUGUCCCUCUCGUUGGACUGACUGCAGUCGUCUCUUCUCUGCUUCUGCCGAGUUGGUAACGUAGAGACAGGAGGCAACCUGGUGGUCUGCACACAGCGGUGGAAAACACACCUGGGUGCCACUCCUCUGGUUGACUGUUGCAAAACAGAUGCACUCUUCCUGAAUUUGUUCCAGGAGAAUGUAUCCCAAAUUUUUAAAGAUUUUAAUGAUAAGGCUGUUAAGUCCAUGGAACCUUCCUCUGCUUCUGAAAAACUUAUUAGGGGAAGAAAGGGCCCUCAGAACUAAUGUUUGCAUACAUUUCAUUCUGGUUUUCUUUUUUUAUUUAUUUUUUAUUAUUCCUUUUUAAUUUUUUUAUUUUUUUUUAUUCUUUGUUUCAACAUUUAACAUAAGUAGGUCACACACAGACAAUAGAGGACUAAUAACAGGUUAUGCAAUCCCAGAGGUCUGCUAUCUUUAUGAAAGAAACAAGAGGUCUAAGAAUAGUGACUAACGUAAUUAUCCUGUAUGGACAUGGGGUCACUACUUAUGAGAUUCAAUUGAAGAUACCAUUCCCAUGUAGGGAUUCAUCUCCAGCCCAGUGUUACAUAUACAAGCUUCGGGUUUGGGGUUUGCUAACAGGUUACCGGAGAUUUGGGGGGGGGGAGGGGGGUAACCUGUAAAGCAUAAACAAGUCAAAUUACAAAUAAAAUCAUAAACAAAGUGAUUUAACUCCUAAAUGUCAAAUAAUUGAGCAGUGAUCUAUACAACAAAACUGCUUCAUUAAAAUAACAUUUAAAAGAACAAAUCAGUGUAUCUCUAUGGGGGAACAUUCAGCGCUGCCAUUGUUUAGCACUGACCCAGCAAGCCUCUUUAGUGGUCAUCUGAGAGACUGCAUCUAGAGGUGUUACUAGUGUACACAGUGUUUACAGUGCUCAGCCUGCAGGGACAUACUGUAGACACCAGAAUGCCUUUAGUGUCCUUUCAAGAUGAUGUUGUUUAGGUGAUUUAUAGUAUUCCUUUUAAUAGCAAAAUAAAACUCCAGAUAUAGAAAAAGAGGACGACAACGAUAUUAGGAAAAACCCAAUACUUGGUCCUAAAUAUGGUCAAAGAGGUAAUAUGAAUUAGAAAAAAGAUCCAAAUACGGUAAAGGAAUCUGCCUAACAAAGUUAGAAACCCUCCUUACUGAAAUUACCUCCUAGUAGAAUCAUUCAAAUGUAAUCGCAAAACAAAAGAUUGUAAUAAACUGUAUUUAAACAAGACCCUAAAGUUAAAUUACGAUCGACUAAAGUGAAAAAAAGGAGAGCAGGAGAAAGUCUUGUUGUUAUAAAAAAAAAACAGUAUAAAGGGUAAAAAAAAUUCCAAUAUAAAACCUAAGUGUGCUGCAUACACAAAACCAUAUGUAUAGUAUAGCCUGAGAAGCGCAAAACAUCCAAAGUGCUCUGGAUAUCAGCUACACAGCAGGCAUCAUACAGAACAUGUAGGACAGUACGUAAAAAGGUAGUCAGAGAUAGGUAAUAGCCAGUGGGGUUCUAUGAAUGGGAAAAACGUUACAGAUAGAGUAGUGGGAGUAGACGUGCAUCUAGUUGAAUGGAGAAACUGCAGUGAUAUCAAUGAUUUCAAAUUGAAAGCUAAGACACUUAAACAACAAUUCAGGGACAGCUGCCUGCUGUCUAACUGAUAUCCAGAGCACUUUGGAUGUUUUGCCCUUCUGAGGCUAUAAUAUACAUAUUGUUUUGUGUAUGCAGCACACUUUAACCCCUUAAGGACUGGACUGUUUUUGCGAUGUUGUACAUUUGCGACCAGGCAUAUUUUUACACACUUGUGGUGUUUAUGUUUAGCUGUAAUUUUCCGCUCGCUCAUUUACUGUUCCCAUACAAAUUAUAUGUUGUUUUUUUCAGGACAAAAGGGGCUUUCUUUACAUACCAUUAUUUAUAUAAUCUCAUGUAUUUUAAUUUAAAAAAAAUAAAAAAUAUGAUGAAAAAUUGAAAAAAAUACAUGUUUUUUUUAUUUUUACUUGAAAAAUCUUUUACUUAUCUACAAAAGCGAAUGGGAAAAAAACUGCUAAAUUCAAAAUUUUGUCCUGAGUUUAAAAAUACCCAGUGUUUACGUGCUUUUUUUGCUUUUUUUUUUGCAUGUUAUAGGUACAAGUAGGAUAUUGCGGUUUCAAAACAUACAUUUUUAAAAUUUAUCAAUAGUGACAUUGUAACACUAUUAUCUGUCAUAAAUCUCUGAAUAACACCCCACAUGUACAUAUUUUUUUUAAAGUAGACAACCCAGGGUAUUCAAUAUGGGGUAUGUCCAGUCUUUUUUAGUAGCCACUUUGUCGAAAACACUGGCCAAAGUAAGCAUUCAUAUUUGUUUGUGUGUGAAAAAAGUAAAAAAACUAAAUUGAACGCUAAUUUUGGCCAGUGUUUGUGACCAAGUGGUUACUAAAAAAGACUGGACAUACCCCAUUUGCAAUACCUUGGGUUGUCUUCUUUGCAAAUGGUAUGCCAUCAUGGGGGUAAUUCUCAUUCCUGGGCUACCAUAUGCUCUCAAAGGCAACGUAACCAACCUGGCCAUUUUCAAUGUAAAAUAUUUGACCCAUAUAUUUGACCUUGUAACUUUCAAAAAUGCUAUAAAACCUGUACAUGGGGGGUACUGUUUUACUCGGGAGACAUCGCUGAACACAAAUAUUAGUGUUUAAAAACUGGAAAACGUAUCACAACAAUUAUAUCAUCAGUAAAAGUGCUGUUUGUGUGUGAAAAAUGCAAAAAGUCACUUUCACUGACAAUAUCAUCGCUGUGAUAUGUUUUACUGUUUUGAAUCACUAAUAUUUGUGUUCAGCUAAGUCUCCCGAGUAAAACAGUACCCCCCAUGUACAGGUUUUAGGGUGUCGUAGAACGUUACAGGGUAAAAUACAGUGCUAGCAAAUUAAAUUCUCUGGACUUUCGGCCUGGGUUGGCAGGCAGGUCCCUCAAAUUGCAAUCAAUAAAAUUACUUAAUUAUGUAAAAAUAUUACAUAAAUACGCACGUAGAAUUUAAAUAUAUAUGCAUAUUUAUAUAGUUGAAGUCUACGUGUAUAUAUAAUUAUUUAUGUAAUUUUGUAUAUGGACAUAUGUAUAUUUUGUAUUUUUAUUUAUAUAUACAAAUUCAUUUGAAGUGUAUUUUGAUAUAAAUAUAUAUAUUCAUUUUAAAAUACAGUUAGAAUAAAAUUUUAUAUAUAUAUAUAUAUAUAUAUAUAUAUAUAAAGAAAAUUCAAUUUUUAUUAUUUUUAAUUUAAAUUAUUUAUAUUUUACUAUAUAUAUAUAUAUAUAUAUAUAUAUAUAGUGAUUAUUUAUUUAUAUAUAUAUAUACGUGUGUAAUUUAAUUAUAAGUGUAUAUAUGUACAUAUUAAUAUAAAAAUACACUUAGUCUGACAUAUAUAUGAUAUAUAGACCUAUAUUUUAUGGAUAUAAUAUGUCUAUAUAUCAUAUAUAUAUAUAUAUAUGUGUGUGUGUGUGUGUGUAUAUAUAUAUAUAUAUAUAUAUAUAUAUAUAUAUAUAUAUAUAUAUAUAUAUAUAUAUAUAUAAAAAUUUUUAUUAACUUUAUUUUUUUUUUAUUGAUUUUACACAUGCAGGGAGACUGCCUGUUUGCACAGACAGUCCCCCUGCAGGCAGACACAUGGACACCUAUUGUGACCAUGUGAUCGCUCUGUUGAUAUUUGGCAUUUUUAUUGACUGACUGCCACAUUCUGUUAAUCCAUAUUGUUGACUUGCACUUUCAUGUGUUUUACUAUGCUCCUUGUUCGUCUGUCACUUUGCUCCUGUGGUGGAGCUGUUACCGGAAAUGUAUCCCCUGUUUCUCUUGUCUUAUAGAAUAUUUGGAGGGGCCAAAGGGUAUUACUAUAUUCCCAGUAUGCUUCAUCACCAAAAAUAUAAGCCUGAGAAUUUCUAAAUCGCAGUGUGGUAAAAAUGGCGUUUAUGUGUUCAUUCUCGUUACAUCUUUAGAUUCUCCAAUCAGAAAGUGCGCUCGAUAGCUGUGAAAUGGAUUGACAGUGCUCUGAGUGAUGAUGAAUUGGCUGAUUUUCUGCCACAGUUUGUGCAGGUUAGACCUAGUCCAAUCAAUUUUCUAUAUAUUAUUAAUUUACAGAUAUUUUAAUAGUUUUUGUUUUGCUGUGUGUUUUAUAGGCUCUACGAUAUGAAAUCUAUUUGGAUAGUGCUCUUGUAAGAUUCCUUUUAUCUCGGGCUUUGGGAAAUAUUCGCAUUGCACAUUAUCUGUAUUGGUAAGAUCUGUUUUAUAUUAUUUGAUGGGUUUUUUUGUAUUAGAGGGACAGUCCAGUCAUAUCUAUAUCCAUGUAUCAGAAUACACACUUUGCAAGAAAUUUUCAUUCUAUUAACAAACUACCUUCUCAUAUCUGCAAUCAUGAAUCAAACCGAAUAGGAAAUGCUCUAGGGAACCCUCAAGCAGAGGAAUAAGGAGCUCUUCGGGGUCAGACAGGAGCAGGGAGCCCACUGGGGUCAGACAGGAGCAGGGAGCCCACUGGGGUCAGACAGGAGCAGGGAGCCCACUGGGGUCAGACAGGAGCAGGAAGGCCUCUGGUAGGGAUCGACCGAUAUUUUUUUUUUGUUUUUUUUUAAGAACAGAUACCGAUAAUCUGUGAACUUUCAGGCCGAUAGCCGAUAACUUACCGAUAUUUUGUACAUUUACCAUAUUGAAAAAAUAAACUAUUUCUUAAGGUAAAUGCACGAAAUAUACAUGCCACAUGUAGUGGAUGCAGUGUGUUUAGACAGGGGAGCUGUGUGUGUUUGUGUAGUGAAUGCAGUUUGUAUUUGUGUAGUGUGUAUUUAAUGAAUGCAAUGUGUGUGUGUGUGUGUGUGUUUGUGUAGUGUGUGUGUAUAUAAUGAAUGCAGUGUGUGUGUAUAUAAUGAAUGCAGAGUGUUUGUGUAGUUUGUAUAGUGAAUGCAGUGUGUGUAAAUAGUGAAUGCCAUUCCCUGGUGGUCCGGUGGCAUGGUCUGUGCAGUGGGGGGGCCCAGCAGGCUCUUACUUACCUCCCUUCAGCUCCCUGUGUAAAUCUCGUCGCCUGCUUGCCGCGCAGAGCUUUGCCAUGGUAGGCCACAGGACUCGCGAGAUUUACACUGGGGAGCUGCUGGAGAGGUAAGUAAGAGCUUGCUGCGGGCCCCCCAGGACCGCCGGGCUUGAAAUGGGCCCGGCGGUCCUGGUAUGUAUUAUCGGCAAUGCGGUAUCUCUAUAGACCGAUACCGAUAUUGCCGAAAAUACUGAAUAUCGGCCAGACCAAUAAGCGGUCGAUCCCUACCCAGGAACGGGGAGCCCUCUGGGGUCGGGGAGGAACGGGGAGCCCUCUGUCAACAGGGAACUCUCCAAGACCAGUGAGGAGCAGGGAGUCCGACGAGAAAAGUAGUGUUUGCUCUGAGCAGAAAUUAUUCCAGAAAUAGAUUGUGUAUAAAGUUGUUAUCCACACAAUGCUUUCAAUGUUUGUUGUGUGUUAUGUGAUUGAAUGUGACCUGGUUUUUAUCUUCCAGGUCACUGAAAGAUUCGCUGAAUGACCCUUAUUUGGGGAAAAGAUAUGAGCAGAUCCUUGGUGCCUUACUUUCAGUUUGUGGAAAAGGACUACGCAGUGAACUGGAAAAACAGACAAGACUUACUCAGGUCCUUGGAGCCGUAGCUGAAAAAGUUCGCCUGACCAGCGGUUCUGCGAGACAGGUGUGAUUGUGCUCUUUUUAUUUUUUGGGGGGUAGGGAUGUUUGGAGCUGAGGGAUGGGACUGGGAUUGGGUUUCUUUACCUCUAGUGCACAGUUAGAUAACCUUUGACACUCCAGAUGUUGUGGAUUACAUCUCCCAUAACACUCUUACAGCCAUAAUUCUGGCAGAGCAUGGAAGAUGUAGUCCACAACAUCUGGAGUGCCAAAGGUUGCCUAUUAUUCUACUGCAUAAACAGCAUAUUUUACAUAAAAAGAAAAAUUAAAUGCCUUAAAACGGGUUGCAAAUAUCAACCACAUCAGUAAUUGUAUGAAUAAUCCAUUGUCAGGAGCUUGUUAAGGCAGGUUAGCGAUUCUAAGCAGUAGUCCUCCUCAGGUGCGUCAAUGCAAUUAUCAUUUCAGGUAAGAGCUUCCUUUAGAUGAACCUAACAGGGUUCUAACAGUGUUAAUUACAAUACUUUUUCUGACAAUAACAUACUUUUUCUUGUAAUUGAAGAGAAAUAAGUGGGUACUGGACCAUGUGCCUAUUCACAUACAAUCACACACAAACAGAAGAUGUCCCUGUAUCUAUUGUGAAUAUUUUAAUGUUUUGUGAUCUCAGGUGGCUCUUCAAGAGGGCAUGGAGCGUGUGCAGCUUCUGUUCAGGAAGAGUUUUUGCCGUCUUCCCCUAAACCCCAGCCUGGUUGCCAGAGAACUGAACACUAAGGUUCGUAGAAUUUUCUUUCAAUAACUUUUUCCUGACUAAUUCCUUUAAGGUAUUUUAUGCUACAAUAGCUGGGUGGCUAUAGGUUUGCAACUUGUAUCAUUUCUGAAUUUAGAUUAAAUGAAUAUGAUUACCAUGCACACAUGCCAAGUCACUCACUGUCUGCAUUGACUGACUUGUCAUUUGCUCUGCAGAAUUUAUCUUUGUAUCUGACUAUUGAUGGUAGAUGCCUUAGUUGUUACAAGUACAAGAUAGUAUUUCCUAUCAAUUCCAGGUCUCCCAACAGAUAACCUGUAUAUUAGUACUCCUUGGUGGAUUGCUGCUGUGUGCUUGGCCGUAUGAGUACUUUAAUUAGAUAUUACUUUAUUUCUACAGGUAUGUUCUUUCUUCAACUCUAACGCUGUGCCGCUGAAAAUCACCAUGGUCAAUGCCGAUCCAUUAGGGGAGGAAAUUAACGCCAUGUUUAAGGUGUGGUUCUGCAGUGCUAAUUUUUAAAUUAGUUGUUACUUUUUAUUUCAAUUAGAGUGACAUUAUAGUCCCCAAAACAAUUUUUGCUGAAUUAAGCAGUUUUGGUUUUUAGAUUAUGUUCCUGCAGUCUCACUGCUAAAUUUUCUGCUAUUUAGGAGUUAAAUACCUAUUUUAUGCACAGCCUGCAUGACAUGGUUUAAUUUUUUUUAUCAGAUAUGACCACACAGUGUGGAUUUCAGAAGUUAAAAUAACUGUUAGAUACAUUUUGAGUUACUUGGGUGGCACGGAGGGAGACAUCGCUGAGGAGAAUACUUGGUGGCAUUGAGAGGGGACGUCCCAGGGGACAGACUGAUUAGAAUACUUAAGACAUGGAGAGCGGAGGGACAUGCCGCUAUUUAUAUGCAUAGCUAUAACAUUACUUUCAUUCCACGCCAGCUAAUGACGCUGCCUGGUCUAAUAUCUAUGUAUCAGUAAAGUGGUCAUGGUGCUUGGAGUAAGCUUUUAAGUGAGCUGGGAUUAGGGUUCAUGGAAAGGGAUCUUAUUUUCUCAGAUUGGAAUUAUGAUGCUGAUUUUGGCGACUCUUUCAGGUGGGGGAAGAUCUGCGCCAGGAUAUGCUUGCACUGCAGAUGAUAAAGAUUAUGGAUAAACUCUGGCUUCAAGAAGGACUAGACCUUCGCAUGGUCAUCUUUAAGUGUCUUUCGACUGGCAAAGACAAAGGUGUGUUACCUGAUUGUCAAAUUGCUCUAAAUGCUGGGGCAGGCGUGGAAGAAAUACCUGAGUUUUUCUUCCAAUGAUGCAGUGGAUCCUAAAAUAAAGGUCCAAAUCUGAACGGGUUCGGUCACAUCUCAGACUGCAAGUUUAAAACCUGUACAUACACAUAGCUUUAUUUUCCUAAACAAUACGUAUCUUUUGUACAGAAACAAAUCCUGCCUAAGCCCUACAGUAAAGGAAAAGAUUGUACUGCAAAUGCUGAUGCCAAUCAUUGAUUAUGGGGAUGUAGUAUAUGCAUCUGCAUCGCAAUCCCACAUUAAAAACUCAACACAUUGUAUAACUUGUUCUGCCGAUUUGUGCUACAAUGUAAUUACAGGAUUCACCAUUGUGACAUGCUAAAAGCACUAAACUGGCUGUCGCUGGAAUCCUGACGCACUCUUCAUCUUUCCAGCCUUGUGUUUAAGAGCUUUUCUGGGAAACUCCCACCCUACCUGAACACAAUGCUUUCCUCAGCUGUUCCCACUUUCUAUAACCUCCGAUCCAGUACCAACACUUUACUUAGUCUACCUCAAUACAAAAAGAAAGCAGCCCGAUCCUCCUCCUACAGAGCACCGCAAUUGUGGAACGACCUCCCGCACAAUUUAAAAUCAUCCCUAAGCCUAAAGUCCUUUAAGAGAUCCCUCUCUACAUACCUCAAAACAGAAUGCACCUGUCAUGGUUGAUUAUAUAUUUCCUGCCUGCUCUAUGUUAAAUUUUGUAUUUAUUGUGUAUUAAUAUUGUUUUUGUAUUUUAUUGUACCCUAAUUGUAACAAUGCAAUGAUUUGUGGACCCAGGACAUACUUGAAAACGAGAGAAAUCUCAAUGUAUCUUUCCUGGUAAAAUAUUUUAUAAAUAAAUAAUUUAAUCCCUUAAGGACCAAACUUCUGGAAUAAACUUCUGGAAUAAAAGGGAAUCAUGACAUGUCACACAUGUCAUGUGUCCUUAAGGGGUUAAAGGAACACUCUAAGCACCAAAACAACUUUAGUUUAAGUGGUUUUGGUGUAUAGAUCAUGCCCCUGCAGUCUCACUGCUCAAUUAUGUCAUUUAGGAGCUAAUGGUGGAACGCACACAAGAGUUAUGAUGCGUUCCAUGGGGAUCGAGGAGUGCAAUCUGCGCAUGCAUGAAUCAAUUGCAGCACUUGGUGCCAUAAUUCAAAUACCCGGUUUUAUGAACAUUUAAAGCCCAGAUUAGCUGAUGAAUACUUAAAGUGCUGUUCCUGUCAGCUGCUGAAUGUCAGCAUCCUUCCUAAGCAUACAAGAGGCGUUGAUAAGGUAGGACUAAGCUGUCCUAUUGUUUUAAAAAUGUAUUCUAAUAUUCUCCUCACCAAUUGAAUUAGUAUUGCACUGUAACUCCCUUAGAAAGACUAAUCCAGUGAGUUAUAAUUAUAAUUUCUUAUUUCCUGCUCUGUUAAUAUCUUCCAUAGCUUCCUCUGCGUGAUUAAAGUUCAAUUAUAAAAAACGUAGAUAAGAACUUUUAAAGUAAACACACUGUGCUGUCACAUCUGAUGAUCUGACAUCUUGGUGUUGUGACUAGGACUACAAAUGGAGUAACAAAAGUGAAUCACCUCCUAAGUGUUUGAGCAGUGAGACUGCAGGUACACUAGUAUUCCAAAACUGCUUAAUUAAGCUGAAGUUGGUUUUGUGCUUAUGGGGGGAGGGUGGUUAAAUGGCUAAGCCGGGCAGGUUAUUACUGACUUAUAUAAAUUAAUUUUACAGGAACAGUAAAGCUUUCAUAACCAUGUCCAUGUUUUACAGAAACCGCAAAGCUUUUGUAACCCCUGUAUCCCACUACACAUAAUUUACAGCAACAGUAACGUUUUUAUAACCUCUGUAUCCCGCUACACAUCUUUUAUAGCAACCGUGCACCUCUGUAUCCCGCUACAUGUUUUACAGCAACAGUAAAGCUUUUAUAACCCCUGUAUCCCACGGCGCAUGUUUUAAAGCAAUGAUAAUGCUUAUAACCCCAGUAUACCGCUACGCAUGUUUUACAGCAAUAGUAAUGCUUGUAUAACCCCAGUAUCCCACUAUGCAUGUUUUACAGCAGCAAUAAAACUUUUAUAACCCAUGAUUUUACAAGAGCAGUAAGGCUUUAAUAACCCCUCUAUUUCACUGCGCAUGUUUCACAGGAGCAGUAAGGCCUUUUUAACACCCAUAUCCCAUGUUUGCAUGUUUUACAGGAACAGUAAGGUCUUUAUAACCCCUGUAUUCUACUACGUGUGUUUUACAGGAGCAGUAAGAGACCUUUAUAACCCCUGUAUUCCACUACCUGUGUUUUACAGGAGCAGUAAGACCUUUAUAACCCCUGUAUUCCACUACCUGUGUUUUACAGGAGCAGUAAGGUCUUUAUAACCCCUGUAUUCUACUACGUGUGUUUUACAGGUGCAGCAAGGCUUUUAUAACCCCUAUAUUCUUCUAUGUGUGUUUUACAGGAGCAGUAAGACCUUUAUAACCCCUGUAUUCCACUACCUGUGUUUUACAGGAGCAGUAAGACCUUUAUAACCCCUGUAUUCCACUACCUGUGUUUUACAGGAGCAGUAAGGUCUUUAUAACCCCUGUAUUCUACUACGUGUGUUUUACAGGUGCAGCAAGGCUUUUAUAACCCCUAUAUUCUUCUAUGUGUGUUUUACAGGAGCAGUAAGACCUUACUGCUCCCAGAGUAAUCUCUACCUUACAUACCUGUCUCUUGCUCUCCCCUAUAGGACAGUUCUUUACUCUCUCCUCCAGCUCUGCUUCACUCCCACUUUAUUUGAUAUUUCCUGUCCUAACGUUUCUAAUACCCCACCUCCUAUAGUCUGUAAGCUCGUUUGAGCAGGGUCCUCUUCAACCUAUUGUUCCUGUAAGUUUUUUUGUAAUUGUCCUAUUUAUAGUUACAUCCCCUCUCUCAUAAUAUUGUAAAGCGCUAUGGAAUCUGUUGGCGCUAUAUAAAUGGUAAUAAUAAUAAUAUAACCCCUGUAUUCCACUACUUGUGUUUUACAGGAGUAGUAAGGUCUUUAUAACCCCUGUAUUCUACUUCGUGUGUUUUACAGGAGCAGUAAGGCCUUUAUAACACCUGUAUUCUACUACGUGUGUUUUACAGGAGCAGUAAGGUCUUUAUAACCCCUGUAUUCCACUGCACAUGUUUUACAAGAGCAGUAAGGCCUUUUUAACCCCCAUAUCCCAUGUUUGCAUGUUUUACAGGAGCAGUAAGGCCUUUAUAACUAUAUUCUGCUAUGUGUGUUUUACAGGGGCAGGAAGGCUUUUCUAAACCCCGUAUCCCAUGUUUGCAUGUUUUACAAUAAAGCCUUAUAGCAUCCACAUCCUGCUAGCCGCAGAUUUUGCUUUCCCAUGGAAACUCAAAGGAUUUACUGGAUAUACCUGCUACAUAUUGCAAUUUCUGUACCAGAUAGGAGUACACAUGUAAUGCCACAUUUCUGUGCCAGGGUUGCUCACGUUAACUUUUAUUAGAAAAGAUCAUUGUCUCCCAUUUUAUUGUCCAUACUGACAUGAUCUUGGAGCCGGCUGAAUUGCAGUAAAUGUAAUGUACGGAUCAAGUUUAAUAUGGUUUCUGCUGCCCUUAAAGCCUCACAAUGUGGUGCCAGUGUUACAUAAUUUCCUUUUGUACUAUGCAUCUUCGGUCCCGAGGAGUGUAUGGAUCCUACAUUUCUGUUUAUUUUGACAUUGUUGGCUUUCUGUAUGCAUUAAACACCGGGUGUGCAUGGUUUUGUCAAAAACUAAAAUGUAUGUAAAAUGUACUUGUCUUUGGUAAAUAGACUGUUAAUUUGCCUUGCUUAUUGCAUAACGGUAUGGUAUUAGUCACUAAACCGUCAAUAAGCAACUUUUUAUCAAAGUGUGUUCCCAAAUACACCACUGUGUUGUAAAUCCAUUGGGAACGGAAGUUAAUUUCUAUUAAAUGUCCCGGUCAUGUCAGUAAAAUUAUAUAAAAAUAUAUAUAAAACAAUAGACCAUUUUAUUGGCUGGUUGUGACAGAUCCACUUUAUUCAAUGAAUUCAUAUUAAAGGCCAGAAUAGCUGACCUGAAAGCAUAGCUGAUUUAGAGAAUUUUUCCAGAUCGGCUAUUUUGACCUUAAAUUUAAAAUUCACUUUAAAUUCUCCCUUUAGUGAAUAAACCUGUAUAUGAUAGACUUGUAUCGCGAUCAGCAGUUUUCACGAAAGGCAUUGAAUGCUCCGUUCUGACCAUCCUCUGCUCUGUCUGCCAGGCCUAGUGGAAUUAGUUCUGUCAUCAGAUACCCUGAGGAAAAUCCAAGUGGAAUAUGGAGUGACAGGAUCUUUCAAGGACAAACCUCUCGCAGAGUGGCUGAGAAAAUACAACCCAUCUGAGGAAGAGUAUGAGAAGGUGAGCUGCUUCAUCACCCACAGAAACGAUUUAAAAAUGGCUGCAUUAACCCAUUGAAUGCUGAGGUGAAGCAAGUAUGUUGGCGCCCCAAUAGUUUCAAAUAGAUUUUCACAAAUUAAGUCUUGCCUUAAUGUAGGAAGUACAGGGAUCUCCUCCUGAGAUGAAUUCAAAGCAAUUGUUUUAUUCCAGGCCUCGGAAAACUUCAUAUAUUCCUGCGCUGGCUGUUGCGUUGCUACAUACGUGCUCGGGAUCUGCGAUCGUCACAACGAUAACAUUAUGCUGAGAAACACUGGACAUAUGUUUCACAUCGAUUUUGGGAAGUUUCUGGGACAUGCACAGAUGUUUGGUAGCUUUAAAAGGUAAGUUUUAGAAAACCUAAAAAACUUUUCUUGUUUUAAAUGAAAGUCAAUGCCAGCAUGAAAGCCAAGGAGUUGUCAAUAAUAUCAUUUAUAUUGAGCAAAAUCUGACUGUAACCCUUUCGAUGUCAAACAAUCUAAGGGGAAUGCUGUUCAUUUGGGAUUAUGCACAGUAUAUUUUUAGGUUUAUGUCUCAAUAUCUGACUUUUUUUUUUUUUUUUGUUAGAAAUUCAGGGAAUUAAAAGGCAUUGACAUCAUAACUCUCCCGGAGGUUCUAGGAGUCUCCUGCUUUUUUAAUGCGGCUCCCUGACAUCUGCAAAUCAUAUACAAUAUCCCGAAAAUCUCACACAUAUUGUAUAUGAUGUGCGGGCAACCCGAUUGGUAUUAGCACUGAACAGGGGCACUGUCUGGUGCCACGGCCUUUUAAUAGCGCCACCAUACCGCUGUAGUAUGGGCCAGCAGGAAGAAAGUGACAGCAGAUCACUUCCUCCCAGCUUCACACAAAGCGUUGAGAUGGAGGGAGGAGGUUGGAAGUGGUUGUACCACAAGCAGAGGGCAGGCUGGAGGUUGCUGCUGCAUGCUCACCCAGCUUCAGCUAGUAUCACCAGGACUCUAAGCAAGCCACUCUCCUGGACACACAAGGUAUGUUGUCAGAUUGUGUGUGUGCCAAUGUCCGUGUGUGUAUGGUAUGGUUCAGUGUGUUAAUAGUGUGUGAAUAGUUGUCUCAGCCAUUGAGCAAGACUUUCACUACCAGGCUUAGCUCAUUGGCUAAGAGCACUCAGCUGACAAUAUUAGCCAAUGAGUCAGACAUUCAUUGCAGGGCUUAGCUCAUGGCGCUAACAGGAACUUUUAGCAGGAAUUUCCAUCUAUGAAAGAAGUUGUGAGUUGUGCCUGGUGAAUGCCAGGACAGUAGUCAAACCAUUCACAAAUUAUUUGUGAAUGGUUUGACUACUUACAUUGAAAGUGCGCCAUGGCACUUGUAGCACCAUAACUACCAGAGUGGACAAUAGUGGUUAUGGUGUUUGGACUGUUCCUUUAAAAAAAAUUGUUUUUUCUUUUCUUUCCAGGGACAGGGCCCCCUUUGUAUUGACCUCAGACAUGGCCUAUGUAAUAAACGGAGGGGAAAAGCCAACCAGCCGAUUCCAGUUAUUUGUGGAUCUCUGCUGUCAGGCGUACAACUUGUUGAGGAAACAUUCACACCUAAUCCUUAACCUGCUUUCAUUGGUUAGUAGUGUGAUCUUGUUUUUCUAAAUACCUUUAUCGGUACUAUUUGGUUUCUAUUUAUUACCAGACUAACAGCAGUAAUUAAAGGGACACUCCAAACACCAUAACUACUACAGGCUGUAGACUAGACUGACAUUGGUUGAUGUGAUUCAUCAGCAAAAACUGUGUUCACUCUCAAAAAGUCAUUCAUGUAUACCACUCUUUAUUUUGGCAUCUUUGUGCAGGAAUGGCUCUGACAGAAUGGUUUUCUCAUGGGUGAUCGUAUCUCUGGCUCCUUUUUGCUGUGUUAACCCAAAUAUAUUACCAUUCACCCACGGGAGAAAGGCUGUAUUCUAACAGGUUCAAAGUUUUCACAGACAAAUGUUGCCAUCAGACUUUGCUAAUAUAUUAAACGGCAGUGUUUUUAUUGUAGGAUAACUUUUUAUUCUGUUAUAAAACACACCCAAUUUUGCAUAUAUUAAAGUCUGCAAAAGUUACAAACUCAUUAAGCAUAGUGAGUAUUAAAAUAUGCUUGUGAGAAAAAUAACAUCCCUGCGCCAGUUAUAGAUUAAAUAUAUGUGGAAUGCAUUUACUGAAAAUAACAGUGGAAAAAAUGCAAGGACAAAAAAUUAGAGGUAAUAGUAAAAAUAAUAAAUGGAUCACAAUGAGUAGAAUAAACAAGGUGAUCAUCUUCCAGGCUUCAGUCAGUACCUCAAAGUUUGCUGGGUGAGAUGAAAAUGAAGUUUUUGCUGUUGCAAGGUUUGGUGUAAGGAAAGCCUCUGAAAGUUUGCCGGUUUGGUUUUUUUUUGUAACCACAUAAAGCACUAGUGGUAAUAGGGGCAGCAAAAUUACUAAUUUGAUACAAUUCACACUCAACAUUGCCCAUUACAGUAUGGCCUAUGAAUAGUUUGGGGGACUAGUCUCCUUGCCACGGAUGAUAGUCUCAUACAGAUAAUCCCCUGGCAUUGUAGGUUAACAUAGCCGCAUCUGACCCCACAGACUGUUUUUCUGGUACAUGUUAAUCCUUUGUGAUGCAAUGAUUGUUAACUAUUGUUUGUGUGCUUGGAUAUUGUCGGUUUGCUCUUCUUUUCUAUUGUUUUGAAUAGCAUGUUGUUAAUGUAAUGAAAUCAGUUUAUAAACCUGAUUGUCAGUGACCAUGAUUAGGUGAGUGAUUUAAAGUGCUGAAGUAAAGCACUCCUUCCAUGUGUAUACAAGACUCUAUUCUCCCAAAAUAGAUUACUUUUCUACUCCAUCAAGUGUCUGGCUUAUAGUGGUUGAAAGAAAGCAGUGCUUCUGCCACUUCAAGAGAGGAGAAGGGUAAACAGUGUAACGGACUGAGUCUAAACUUGAAACAAGUGGCUCUGUCACCCCAUAUCAAAAACUUGAAAAAUGAAAUACUCACAUUGACUUGGCUGGAGUUCACUGAAAUUCCAACCAAGUUAAAAUAUAUAUCAUAAGACAAAGCAGGGGCUACUUUGUCUCAGUAAUUUUUCUUUGCUUGACAAGGUUUGGCAAAAGGCUGUGCUACCUUUUCUCAAGCUUGUAAUUCCCCCCACCCGUCACCCUCUAUGGAGGGUCUGGCAGGAUGCUCCAUAGAACUCAAUAUUGUAAUCUCUUAUGCAUAUGAGUGCAGUUCUGACAUGGCUCCUGGCAGCUAAAGAUAAGCAAAUUGAAGAGGAUGACAGCAUAUACAAAGGGACAGGUUCAGAUUAGUGAAACUCCCUCUGGACACCAAAUGACAAUGUCACAGUCGGGGGUCUUUGCAAAUAAUUCAAAGACCCCAGAUGGUGACAGAACAUCUGUAAAGGCAUUUUUCAUUUCCAGGACUAUUGUUUGUUAAAUGAGUCUUGGCAACAACACCAACUAUUUCUUAAUAUUUUUGAACAAACUUUUCAAAUGAUUUCAUAUUUUUGGCUAAGCUUUUCAAAUUAUUUAAUAUUUUGGAGGGAAAAAAAGUAUUUUGAUAGUAUUAAUUUUAUAUCUGAUAUAUUUUGAUAUUUUAAUACUUUGAAAAAAUAUCUUUUGAACAGUAUUAUUUAAAAAAAAAAAAAAAUUCAUUUGAAAAGCUUAUCCAAAAAUAUUAAAUCUAGGCCUGGUAUGAUUUUUAGAUAUCACGAGCCAAAAUCGAGAAUAUUUUUACCUACGAUUAACUUGACAAAUGGCGUAUCUUUCUCUGUCUAGUUUUAGCAAUUCUCAAGUUAGUAUUGGCUGUGAGCAUCAGACUUUAUCUUUUUAGAACUAGUGAUUCACGCUUACAGGAUACGCUUACAGGAUACUCCAUAGUACUCUGUGAUUAAUAGAACAGCAGAAAAUUAUAUAUUGGCGAAAAAUAGAUAAAAUUUCAUAAUAUUUGGUGCGUUUUCUAGAUGCUCUCCUCUGGUUUACCCGAACUCACAGGAAUUCAGGAUUUGAAAUAUGUUGUGGACGCUCUCCAGACUCAAGCUACAGAUGCUGAAGCCACCACUUUCUUCACAAGGUACAAUGGCAAAGCUAAUGGUUUCAAAAAAUAAAAAUAAAAUUGUAAAUAUUGUGAAAUUAUGAUUUUAACCUCUUCGCGAUAGUUUCAUGGCAGUCCUUCCAUUAAAAUUUCCGUCAUGUACUAAAAUUAAAGCCAGAUUGCUGCAACUGCAGCGGUCAUGGGGUAAAUUCUGCAGCUGACUGCCUCGCUGUUAGAGGUAGACCAGCAGCAGCCAGUCAUGCUCUCCCAGCACAUGUGAUCGCUGUAAUAGCUAGUCACAGCAAUCACUGUGCUGCUGAAACAUUUGAUUCGCCUCCCUCCAGGUCGUACGUAGUGAAGUGGAGAGGAACUGAUCAGUGCUGAUCUGUUUCUCCCUGCAAAAUAAAAGGUGUUAGUAAAGAAAUCCAAUCCCCCUUUACCCUAUUCUAUUUAAAACCCUUCCCUGUCCUUUGAUCAUUGCCUGCAAUUAUCAGAAUAUAGAUCACAGUAUUUUACUGUGUUCUGAUUUAUUUUUAUUUUUUACCCCUCGGGGUUAAAUUUAUUCAAUUUGUUAUUGUAAUGUUUUUAAAUUGGUUGUUUGGGGUGGGUGGCACUUCGUGGGAAAUUGGGGAAUUUACUGUUAGGAAACCUAGGGGUUAACUGUAAAAAAAAUAAAAAAACUUGAAAAAAAACGCUUGUUACCAAAGGUUCAAAAUAUGCCUUUUGAAAUACCUUGGGGUGUCUUCUUUAAUAAAUUGUAGACUUCUGUGGGAUCGUUUGAAUUAGCAACCUGCUAAUAUGCCACAAUUGAACAUGAACCCAUCAACACCAUCUAUGUAAAAACCUGUAAUUGUCACAUCUCUUACAGCACUGUAACUUUGCAAAAUAGUGCGUAGGACGGUCAUGCAUUGUGUAUAUUGUUUUACUCAGAAGAUGUAAGUGAGCAUAAUUUGGGGGAUGUUAUCACAGUAGCACAUAUCAAAUGUACAAAAUACCCAGCAAAAAUGUAACGUACAUAGACCAUGCCUUUUUUUCCAUCACAAACUUUGAGAUAAAUUGGUGAAAAAAUGGCAGCAAGUUAAGGCACAAUAUACGCCGUUUUAUUGGAGAUUUGUUUUAGCUUGAAAACUAUCUUAGUAGAGAUCGAUACGUUGAGUGUUUUUUCCUGUUGUUGCAAUAACAACUCCAGAAUGGGCCCAGAUGAAUUUAGGGUUUUUUCUGUCUAAUAUAGGAGGGGGUGCUUGUUGGAGUCAUUAUAUUUUGGGUUUAUAACCUGUAUAAACAUAUAAACACUGUGCUAUGCACAAAUCACCUUGUGGAGCAAAGCAAUAUAUAAAUAAAUCCUUUUAAAGAGUGUAUAUAUACUCCAUAUUUAUUAUAAAUGGUUGAUUUGACAUUAAUAGUGUAUUAAUAUUAACAAUAUGCAGUGUAUAAAAUUUACUUGUGAAGUAAAAUAUUAAACAUAUAUAUGAAAAGUACACAGUCCUGAAAUUGAAUAAUCAAUAAAUGUAAAAGAUAGAAAGACAAAAGAAAAUGCAGUUUAUUUAAAUAUGCCAAUGUAAUAACAAAGCUAACAUAUGAAAGCAUUAAUCUACAAAUCUAUUAUUACUUGCUAAGUGCAAGCUAACAAUGAGGAUGAUGGAACUGCAUUUGGACCAGGUGUGGUCUGUCUUAUGGCUGCAUUUUAUAAACAUUGUUCAAACGCUUUAUUGCUGCUACUAGGAGUAAAGUUAAAGCAUAAUUUAAAGCGGAUGUCUGAGAUAAAGAGUUAAGCCACAACUAAUCUUAUCUUAUAAUAGACAUUUUCUAAUGUUUUCAUAAAGUUUGCAAGUAUGUUGUCACUGUUUGUAAUUCUGUUAAAAUUACUUUCUGAUUUUGUUUUUUUAGACUUAUCGAAUCGAGUCUGGGUAGUGUGGCUACCAAGUUUAAUUUCUUUAUUCACAAUCUGGCCCAGCGCUUUUCUGGGCUCCCUUCAAAUGAUGAACCUAUCCUUUCAUUUUCCCCAAAAACAUACUCUCUGAAACAGGAUGGUCGCAUCCGAGGGGCCUCGGUCUUCACUUACCACAAGAGAUAUAACCCAGAUAAAUUCUAUGUGAGUUUUUUUUAAUUUUUUUAUAUAAUAUAAACUGUACUGAACUUUCCGCUUUUUCUACGUGUUGAGUUUCAGUGCAUUAAGGGACACGAUGGGCCCCAUAACAACUUAAAUGAUACCUGGUGACUACUCUCCUUCAGAAUUUAACGGUUUAACCCCAAAAUCUUAAGUCUCGAAUCCUGACUGAUUUCUUUGAAGUUAAACCAUUCGUUAAUGGUUUUUAACCCUGAAGACUUAAUAUGGGGGUUUUUUGGUGCCCAAAGUGUUCAUUGAGUUGGAUAUAUAUUGAUAUUCUUCAUCAUUUUAUAAAAGUGUUUUUGUGUCUUUAUUCAUUAUAUAGAGAGAGAUAGAUGUGUGUGUGUGUUAAACAAAACUCUGCACACCAGUAAAGCCAUAAGACUUGCUUUUCCCACAGAAAUCACAAAUUUGCAGUGAUAUUACUACCGCAAAGGAAUAUAUAUAUAUAUAUAUAUAUAUAUAUAUAUAUAUAUAUAUAUAUUCCUGAUGAAAGUCCACAAGAGGGACUGAAACGUUGAUCUGCUCUUAAUAUUAUAAAUAAAAGUUACGUUUUAAAGAAUCCGUGAGUGCAGCCAACCAUCACUACUAUUUGGAUACUGGAGCCUUGGUGAUGCACCCAGUUAUGAUUGAAGCCUGAGUGCAAGGUAUAUUUGGUGUUUUUUAUAUAUAUAGUCAAAGAAAAAGAAAAAUGUAAUAAUUCUGUUAUCUUUAUACUAUCGGGGGGCAAACAUCCCUUGUGAGUGACAUAUGCAGCCAUUAAUAUCUAAUUGGAGACCCUCUGCUAGAAAACAUAAUCAGAGAGGCCAAAAAGCAAAUGAACAGAAAUUUCAGCAACAUAAAAUAUUUUAAUUUGAAAGGCGUAUAAAGUGCAAAAAUCCGUCCAGGCAUACAGCUUAUUUAUUCAUAUAUUUAUUUUAUAUUUUGUGUUCUAGCUCUCUGUAAAAAUUGUUACAGUUAAGAGAACAAGCCAUUUCAUUCAUUAAAAAAGUGAAACCAGCGGCUGGUAGUUUCAUUCUUUUUUCCCCCCACCAUAUUCCUUAAACAAUGUCAGGAUCUGCUGAAUAUUCUGAAGCAUAUAACUGAAAGUCAUAAUUCAUAUCAAAUGGAUAGUCAGGGUUUAACCGCCCAUGUACAGCACUACCCAUGAAAGUGACUUUCUCCUUCUGUCUCCAGACAUUGUUGCAGAGAAAUGUGUUGUAAAUCAGGAAUUCACGCAUUCGGAGUUCGCCAGUGAUUUUUAUUAAUUAUUAAAUUGAAUUGCAUGUAGUUGACAGUUUGUUGAAAAGUAGUUAAAAUGUGUUUUUGUGACAGAUUUAUGUAGUGCGAGUGAUGAGAGAUGGCCAGGACGAAUCAACUUUCAUCUUCAGGACCUUUGAUGAGUUUCAGGAGCUUCACAACAAGCUCAGCCUCCUCUUUCCCCUAUGGAAGCUCCCGGGGUAUGUGUGUUAUUGAAAAACAGUAAAAAUCUGUAAAAGCCAAAUAACUGACAAUGAGCUGUGCUAUAAUUGUCAAUGUCACUCAGCCCUAUAAUCCCAUAUCUUUACUGUAAAGAUUAUUUUCACUGCUGAGUUCAUCGAUUCACUUUCUCAGAGGAGAUUCUGGGGUUUGUUCUUUAUUUUUAUGGGCACGUUAAAGUCUUGACUUUUGGCUUUUGUAUCCGGUAGACCAGGGAUGCCCAAAACGUAGAUCCCCAGAUCUUGUAGAACUACAAAUCCCUUGAUGCUUUGCAUGCCUUUUGAAUGCAUGUACAAUGACAAAGUAUCAUGGAAGCUGUAGUUUUAAAACAUCUGGGGAUCUACCUUCUGGGCACCCCUGUGGUAGACAUAUAUUCUGUAUUUUAAAACAUGGCCAGUUUUGUCAUCUUUUUAAUUUGUUUUAUAUAGUUUUCCCAGUAAAGUGGUUCUCGGCAGAACCCACAUAAAGGAAGUGGCAGCUCGAAGGAAACUGGAAUUAAACAGUUACAUGCAGAGUCUUCUGAAUAGCUCAGCUGAAGUGUCCGAGGUAACGUGGCAUGAGGAUGUUCCUUUAUUUCUAUGAUAAGAAUUAAUAUAUUUACUUUAUUCAUACUGUAACAGUUAUUGUUGCAAUAUGGGUUAAAACAGAAUUAAUUAAUGUAAUGUUAUUAUUUGUGCAUUUAGUUAUGAUUUGUGCAAUGAUCGUUUCUUGUUUGUGUUCAAUAAUUAUUACUUUAUUUUUGCUGUAAUUUUUUGUAUAGUUUAAACAUGAAUUAUACCCUGACUAAUUGUUACUCUGUACAGUACAUGUGCAAUAAUAUCUAAAUUAAUUAGAAAAUGGGCAAUAUAUUAUGGUGCUAUGUAAAUACACACACUUUUCAGUAUUUUAUAAAAACUGAAAUACUGAUCAAGAAUGUGUUGGGAUUUCAUUGAAAUUCCUAUGCAAUCCAAGGAUACAAUAAGAUAAAGCAGGGACUCAACUCCGCCAGCAACGUUUGUCCAAUCCCAGCAGCUGUCACAAAUGAUGCCUUUGGGAUUCAGGCAGAACGAAGAUGGGGCAGGCGCAAGGAACAGUCUGAGGUAAGUAAGACUUACCUGCCUUGCACCCAGCAGCCACAGGACCCACAUCAGUUUUAGGAGUGUUUGCAAAAUAUGCACAGAGAGAGAUCCCAAAGUGACAGGUCAGUAUUUUAAUAGGUAUUAUUGUCUGUACAGUUAUAGGUAUUGUUUGUACAGUGAGUUCCUGUUUUCUUGCAGUGAGAGUUGGUUGUACUGUAAUCGUUAUUGUUUUGUUUUGUUUUUUUAAAUAUAAAAAUCUACAAGGUUUUAAUUUACUGAGGACUUACGUAAAGGGACAUUCCAAGCACUAUAACUACAGAUGUCUUUUAGAUGGCUUAUGGUGACAAUACUUCCCAUUUGUCUUAAAACCAAGUCCUAUUUUUUCCUGACAAUUUAUCACCUAUUUGUGCAACAUCAGGAAAGUACAACUUUAUUCAUUAAAGCGGUUCUGUCACCUUCUGGGGUGUUUGCAUAUUUUUCAAAAUUCCCUGAUAGGGACUAAGCCAUUUGCCUUGCGGCAGCCACAGGUGCAGAGAAAGGUGGGUUUUACUUACAGUGGUAAAAAAGUAUGUAAACACUUUGAAGUUAGUUAGUUUUCUUCAUGAAUAGCUCAUAAAAUGUCAUCUCAUCACAAAAGUCACAAGUAUAAACACAAACAAUGUGCUUCAGCAACAACACACAAACAAUUAAAAUCUUUCAUAUCGUUAAAGGAAGACUAUAUUGCCAGAAAUGCAUAAGAUCACUGUUUAAGCCUCUGGCACCCAUCUCUUGCCUUUUAAAAGGUGAGAUUACUUCUUUUUUUCCAGCACUGCGUGGGUCUCCUCAUGGCUGGCCCCAUACCCACUCUGCAUUGUUGGUGAAGGUGUUCUAAUGCUUUUCCAUAGGCAAGUAUUGGGAGGCUAUUGUGCAUGCAUCUUCAUAGAGAUUCAUUGAAUCAGUGCAUCUCUAUGGGGAGCAUUCCGCAUGGAGAUGCUGAAUGCCAGUGCUGUGACUGCCACAAGAGGUGUUGCUAGGCUGUAAUGUAAACACUGCAUUUUCUCUGGAAGGGCAGUUUUUACAGCAAAAGGCCUGCAGGGACUGACUGUACUCACCAGAACAACUACUUUAAGCUGUAGUGGUUCUGGUGACAAUAGUGUCCCUUUAAUGAACAAAUCCGAUUAAACAUUCAUAGUGCUGUUCAAAAAAUAAGUGAACACAUGGAUUUAAUAGCAGGUUGAUUCACCUUUGGCAGCGAUAACCUCAACCAAGCAUUUACGGUAGUUCCAGAUUAGACCUACACAAUAUUCAGGAAGAAUAUUGGACCAUUCUUGCUUACAGAACUGCUUCAACAGAUAGCACAAAGUAGUUUUUAUGAAUAGCAAACAUAAUGCUUGAGUAAAAGAUCUAACUCACACCUCCCAUAUCUCUUCAUUAAGUGGACCCCAGGUUAGCAAAUUUCCUACACUAAUUAGCUUUUGUUGAAGUCAUUAAACUAGGGUUUCAGAUACUUUUUUCAACCUGUGAAGUUUUGAAAGAUAUAUAUUCAAAAUGUACAAGAACAAUACAAUAAUUUGUUUAUUCGUUAAAACAGAUUGUGUUUGGUUAUUGUUUUUUUGUUUUUUUUUGUAUGAAAAAAAAAGUCCCUACCUUUAUUUUCAGUUUUUAUCUUUAUGAAAUACUCCUUUUUUCGGUGGGGGGGGAUGGUGACAACCCCUUUUACAUGAGACAGUCGAAAAGUUUUAUUGCUCCUGCACACAUUUCGAGUCUGCUUGAUACUAAUUCUUGCAGCUGUGGAGAGAAUUUAGGAAGUGGAGAGUGCACCUAUGCAAAGUAUUGGAGGCCAGGGAUUGGCUGACAAAUCCCAGACAUUUACUGGUAGACGUUAAGGGCUUUGCAACUGCAGCAAAGCUGUUAUAAGAUAGACAUUCACUGGUGGGGCUAUAGUUUGCUUAUGUCUUGUUAUAUGUAUUACUUUUUUAAUGCUCAGUCUCUGUUGUGUUUUGAAUAUGGGUGGCAUAUUUACCCUGGUGUGUGUUUUUUUUAUUUUUUUUAUUUCAAUAUGUUAAAGUGGAGAAUAUUGCAUCACAUGUCCUAAGCCUGCCUUUCUGUAAGGUAAAUCAAUCCCUUAUACAAAGGGUUAAAUGCUAGCCCUUUGCAGCCCACAGAAGGUGUUUUGGGGGCUGAUUUAUGUGCAGUGAUGGUGUAAGGCUGUGGAAGGAUUCUUUGUUCACUAAUUGCAGUUUAGUGUUAAUAUUUUUUCCUCUUUCGUUCCUUUCUCAGUGUGAUCUGGUUUACACCUUUUUCCAUCCAUUGCUGCGGGAUGAGAAGGCAGAAGGAUGUGAUCGGAUGGUGAAGGCAAUUGGUGAGACUUCUUUAAAGGGUUACUCCAACAUACAUGAUCACUGCUGCGUAUGCAGAGGAAUGUGCACAUUUCUGCCGAGGGGUAGUUACAACCCCAGCACACUUGACUUAGGCAGCCUGACUGGAAUGCCUAAUGUUAAUUAUGUGCGAUAAAUAUGUCUGUCAUCAAUGUGUGUUACAUUAGUAACACAGGCUUUUCUUGUAGUAUUAUUAUUAUUGCCAUUUAUAUAGCGCCAACAGAUUCCGUAGCACUUUACAAUAUUAUGAGAGGGGGGAUGUAAUUCAUUGCACUGAAGCAACAGUGACAACUUGAAAUAAAUAGUUUAAAAUAAUAAAAAUACAGAGCUUUGAUGGGACAGUCUGCAAUCUUCUCCACAUUUUUUUAAAGGGACACUAUAGCUUUAUGCAGAUGUUCUGGUGCGUAUAGUCAGUCCCUGCAGACUUUAAUUCAGAGAAAAGGCAUUGUUUACAUUACAGCCUAGGGAUACCUCCACUGACCAUUCCUCAGAUGGCUACUAGAGGUGGUUCCUGUGCUGACAUUCAUUGCCUCCACCCUUUGCAUGGAGACACUGAACUUUGCUCAUAGAGAUGCAUUGACGCAAUCUCUAUGAGGAGAUGCUGAUUGGCUAGGAUGGUGUUUGGCUUUACCCCCACAACUCCCAAUUUCAAAAAGCGCCCAGAUCAGAGGAACCUAAAGCCAAAGCUACAAUACUUUUUAGGUUUCUGCAUGAGGAACCUAAAGCCAAAGCUACAAUACUUUUUAGGUUUCUGCAUGAGGAACCUAAAGCCAAAGCUACAAUACUUUUAAGUUCCAUUGGGUCACCGCUAUCCUCCAAUCUGACGCAGAGUUCUUGCGGUCUCGUGGUUGUUCGUGAACAUGUUUUGAGGGGUUCCCUGAGUCCUUUGCAAGGCAGCACCCACAAUUCCUGGCUAUUUCCAGAUACCUUGUCACCUCCCUGACAUCCUAUCCAGGAUGGUUGGUGGUCGGAGGAACAAGUGACACCCGAUCAAAGAUUCACCAGAUUGCCGCACAGUUUGGAUACGGUAAAUAGUUUUAGUGAUACAUCCCCUGGUCAGGCACUCUGCAUGAGAAUAGGUCAAGGUAAUCCCCAGAGUUUACCCAUCUAAAAUUGGGGAAUGUAUAGGCACCCGAGACCCCCCACCCAUACAAGGUCACCACAGUGGCAUCAGCCCUUUUUCAAUCUUUUAGAGGCCCAUAGUCUAUCGGUAGGAAACUGGCCUACAAGCCCUUCCACAAACAAGGGGCACAGAGACUUCUGGGUAUUGAAAGACAACAUUAGGAUAUGAAUAAGCUCCAAUUAAUAACAUAUGAACAGUAAACACCUCGCUGAUCUGUUUUAUGAAUUGAGACUAACACUGGAAUGUGUCUUCCAUUUUCAGAAGACCCACCAUUAAGUCCGUCAUCUGGGAAGAUUGAAGGAGAAGUGAAACUCUCAAUUUCAUAUAGAAAUGGCACUCUGUUUGUCAUGGUGAUGCACAUAAAAGAUCUGGUGAGUUGUGUAUAUAAUAUUUAAACAUGGUCAGUGCAUUGUUCUGCAUCUCCUUUCACACCCCAUGUUCUAUCCAUCAUAGUAAACUCCUCCACCCAUUUAAAAAAAAGAAAAUUCUGACCUUUAAAUGUGUGUAUAUUUUAAGAUAAAAAAUGUCUGCAGACCAGGAAUUAUAGAACAAUAUCCAGCAAUAAGACAUUGGAUUAAAUAGAAAUAUUACAGCUCUAGAUGCAUAGGCUAAGCCAACAAGCCGAGAUAUGUUUGAAACUGGUACAAACUUUGUGGUCCAUAGUCCAAUUAAAACAAAUGGUUAAAUAAUAUUCAGGUACCUUCAAAGACUAAAACAUAGUGUUUACUUAAGUUGAUUCAUUGUAUCCAGGGAUAUUGUCAGAUGUCCAGGACAUGCAGUUCUGGGCACUGGGCAGGUACUUUUUUCUUAAUUUAGCUUAACCAUGGCAGCCUGAGCCGGCCUAAUAUUGCUUUAGUGAAGGUACCCGCAUCGGUCAUCUGGACGACAGUGAUUGCAGGGAAGCGGCUAUCUCCUCUCUUUGAUCCUGCACAGUAACGCAAGGAGAAACUAAUGAUAAUAUUCACUUUCACACAAGCUAUGGGUGUUGGAACUGGGGGGACAAAUCCCCCCUGAACAUAUGGUGUAGCUUUAAGAUCAUGUAUUUCACUGUUUAAGAAAGAUAAGAAAAACAUAUGUUAAAAGGGGGGAUAUCCCAGUCUAUUAACAGAUUUCCUAGUGUUAAUAUAUAAUUUUUCUCUAGAAGACUGCAUGGUUUAAUGUUUGUUUCCUAAGUGGGGCUUUGAUUAUUAUGAAAGUCUUUCCCCACUUUAGCUUGGUUUGUUACCAUUUUCUUUGGUUCCUACACCAAUGCUCCCAGCUUUUGCGAAACCGUGCAGGAGUAGAAGUCAGCAGCCGCAGUCCAGUAUUAGCAGACUUUCUCCCCAGGGUCAGAAAAUAUGGAGCUGCUGAUUAGUUAAUAUAUAGUUAUGGGUUUAUGUAAACAUGCAGGUUUAAACACAUUGCUUUCUUUGUGGCCACAUCCUGAUGAGGCAUUAAAGGGACACUCCUGGCACCAUAACUACUUCAACACUUAGAAAUGGUUAUAGUGACUGGUCCCAGGGUGCCAUACACCCAUAAUCACUCUUAAACUGUUCUUGUACAUUUUAACAAUACGGCAAUGACAGUCACACUCCACCUUACACCGUACCAGGGUGCAGUGAUUGGCUGAGGGAGGUCAGCUGACAACCUCAGCCUGUUAUUGCUCACAAUUCCUGGUAUGGCAUAAGUCUGGGUGUAACAACUAUGCCUUCGCCAUACAGUCACUGGGGGCUGGAUUCUGGGCAUGCUGGGACUUUGGAUCACUGUUAAACUUUAUGAAGACAUUACUUCAAGCAUCAUAAUCAUUUCAAGGUGUUUAAGUGGUUAUGGUGCCUGCAAUGUCCUUUUAAAAAUGUGCUGUGAUCCUUUGCAGCAGCCACCACUCCACGCAAGCCUAAUUUGUAAUAAGAUUCAGGGAUGCCAAUCUCCUGCUGCUAAAUGGUAGGAAAAACAAGAUGUGUGUGUGUCUAUUAGUAUGUUUAGCAGUGUCAGUGUGUGUGUGUGUGUGUGUGUGUGUGUGUGUGUGUCUUGUAGUAUGUUUAGCAGUGUCACUGUGUGUGUGUAUUUGAGGUGCCUGGUGUGUAUUGAUGUGGUGUCUUGGAGUGUUUCCCAGUCUCUUUGUGUGUAUCCUAUAAAUGUGUCUGGAAUGCAUAUUUGUGAGUGUAAAUCUAUUUUUAACAGUAAGGGUGAGUGUAUAUUUGGGUCUCUGUGAUACAUUCCUGCAGACUGCUCAUGACUGAGUUUUAUUACUAUGGAGCUCUGUGAUACUCUUACACACUGUACAAGGACAUGUCCUGUGGGUAAGUGACAGGGCUGCUAAAGCAGGGGGGAUGGAGCGUGUGCCCUGUAGUUCCAGCAAAGUUAAAGCAAUCACUUCUAGGAUUCCUCCUGCUAGACAGUCAGUGUGUUUAACACUCGCUGAACCACUUUCUCCUCGUAGAAUGUUAAGCAGAAAGUGGGGAAACAUAGACAACACCACAAAGAAGCACACACUGGGAGAGACAGAGGAUGAUGCAUGCACAGUUAUUCACUACACUCUUUCACAAGGUAAAAAGGUACCCCUAUUCGGGAAUGAAGGAAUAUAUAUAUAUAUAUAUAUAUAUAUAUAUAUAUAUAUAUACAUACACACACAUUCUCUCAAGCCAAAAGUCUUUGUGAGGUUGACAUCUGGUUCACCUACUGUUAGGGCUUCGGUAAAUAUGUGGUGCAUUUUCACCUAUUGCUGUGCUUGGCAUUUUUAAUUUUGCAUUCUGGUGUUUGUAUUUUCUACCAGGGGCAAAUAAAACCUAGGGAAUUUUAUUCUCCGUGAUGCCUGUGAGGGACCUGUUUUAAAUUCCUUUAAUUUCUUGUCUCUUACAGUAUGUCUUCCUUAACUGAUAGUGUAACUUUACCUGUGAUACUGGUAGGAACCGAGCACAAUAUGGUCUAAGAAUAUACAAUUUAAAGCCUUGAUUAUAUACUGUUUAUUUUGUCCUUACAGGUCACAGAAGACAACAAUGACCCAAAUCCUUAUGUCAAAACAUACCUUCUCCCGGACCCUCACAAAACAUCCAAACGCAAAACUAAAAUAGCAAGAAAAACGUGCAACCCAACAUUUAACGAGAUGGUGAAUUUUCAGCAUUAAUUUCUGUCACGUUCAUUUAACCCAUUCCCUACUGAGCUUUUAAGAAUCAAGAAAACAAAUUAGCUUAAAAAGCUAAUGCAUUUGCCUGAGACCAAAACCACAGUUUUGUGUAUAGAUGUCUGUAAGCUUUGCACAAAUAUUUUUUUUUUUUUUUUAAUAGCAGCCAUUAUGCAUUAUUCCGAUACCUGUUCAAAAUACAACCAAUAAGUAUACUGUAUCGGAAAAGGUUUAUCGUAUUAUAUUUUUAUGUGUUCCUUAUUAAAUUCAGUGUUUAUAGAGAAAAGAUGUGCACAGUGGGGAGAACAUUGAAAUGGGAAGCCAUAACUAGAGAAUGCAUCAUUUGAUAGUACUUUUGAAAUUACCUGAGGAUAAUUGUUGUAUAAAGCCCUACACUAGCUAUCUGUUCAAAGAGUGGUUUCACAGUGCUGUCAAUCAGGCAGCUGGACCGCUCACCUCUGGGUAGCCGUAUCAGUUCAUUCUUCUCCCAGACGAGUGGGUCUAUGUGUGGGCCUCAAGUGACCCAGGCUAUGUGUGGCUGCUAUCUUCACACUGUAUCUCCUCUGUUGCUAUGUGAUGAGUGGAAUUAAUUAUUCAGUUACACCAUAAACUCCUGCUAUGGGGUGAAAUGCUCUACCUGGUUUGAGAGGGGUCUGCUUGUAGCUACUGGGAGGCCCACCUAACCAUGCCUUUCAUUUAAACUUUAAAUGUAUGUGUUGUUAUAUUUUUUGCAUUAGUUUUAAAUAAGAUACUAAAUACAAUGCAUUACCCAAAGUUUAUCUUUAAGCCUACAAUAUCAGUGGUGUCUAAUCUAAUUAUGGUGUAAAGGAUAAAUCUGCCACUUACAGCAUGGCUCGGUCUGCUACACGCAUCUCUCUUAUGAUUCAGCAAACAUGUUCAGUGGUGUCACAGGCAGUCAUGGCACAUUGUUGGCAUGGCAUGGCAAACAUUGGCACUCCUGAGGCAUCAUGGGAAAUGUAUUUCGCAAACAUCUGCAGUGCAGGUUAGCUGUCACUGACUGGUUUUAGAAGCUGUGGGAAUAUGAGAUCUGACUCUAACUCUGAAUAUCUCUGUCUGCAGCUUGUGUACAGCGGUUAUAACAAAGACACAUUGAAACAGAGGGAGCUCCAGUUAAGCGUGCUUAGCGCUGAGUCGUUGCGAGAGAAUUUUUUCCUGGGAGGAUUAACAUUACCACUAAAAGAUUUUAACCUCAAGCAGGAGACUAUCAAGUGGUAUAAACUGACAGAGGUACCGUAUUUCAGCUAACAUUUCCACGGACAACUGGGAUUCUUCACAAAAACUUCAUUUCAAAAGCCUUUGGACCAACAUCUGUGAAUCGGAGCAGCAAUUCGUCUUAUGGAGCAGGCUGUAGAUUUUUAAAUGUGUAUUUAAACUUAGAAGUCUAUUUUUCCCUCUACAUCCUGUUUUUAUGGCAUUACAGAUGGAAUAAAAUAUAUUAAGCAUCACUUAGAUCUGCAGACAUUUUUCACCCUCUCACUUGACUUUUAUAUGACUGCAGUCUGUUCUUUUAUAUAUGUAUAUAUAUAUAUAUUAAAAUCCAACUCAGUCUGGAUAGAAGUAUCUUCAUGUUAAAUUAACCACAAACCUGCAUUGCGAGUUAUGCAAGAAGAAGCUGAUUGUUUAAACAUAUUCUCUGUAUAGCACCUUACCUGUGUAUUGUAAGAUUACGUGUAGCAUAUUUGCAAGCUGUAGGUGUCAUUACAAGUCUUCAUUUUUCGCAGUUUUGAUCAACAUAGAAUUCUGUCUAAUCAGUUGGAAUUUAGAUAGAUUUUCACUGUAUGUAGCGUCCGUCCUCCUCCUUUUAGAUGUGGUGCAGCUUGCUACCAACAUUCCAAGACCACUUACCUGCAGUAGGGUCCUUUUAUUGACAUUGCUGUGAAAUAAAGCAAACUGCACCUGACCAAAUGGACUCCGAUUUUAUGGUGCAAAUUCUGGCCUUUCACAAAGCACAAUUCAAACAUUUGGCUGUGUACUAGCAUUCCCCACUUCACACUUGUUAAAUCAUGACAUAUAUAAUGAUCGUUCAUGUAUGUUUCAUGAAAUAGCCUUAGACCAGCAGAUUGUCUCCCACAUAUUUUUAUACCUAACAAUUUUUUUUUUUAAACGUAAAAAUAUUAAAUAUUAGACUUUAAGUCCUAGAUUUUCACUCUAUAUGUAUUUAAGGAACAAGCAAUCCCUAGUCAGCGUCUCUUAGCAAUAAUAUCUGAUUUAUGAUUCCUGUUUGUCUGUAUACAGAACAACACUUGAAUUUCUACAGUGCCUCAGUUACAGGUCCAGUUUGAACUGAAUUCGAACUUUGUAGAUCAGUGCUGACUUUGCCACUGCACAGGUUUGGAACAUUUUUUCAUAGUCUGAGUAUCAUUGGAAAUUUAGUUCACAGGCCCCUGAUAUUAAAGAGUUUGCCAUCAGUGAUGUAAAGGAAUUGUUACCUUCUCAUCCAUUAAGGACUAGGGGCUGCUAAUGAUUAAACAGUGAAGAGAAUGGAUGUGUUUUGUCAGCUGUGGAUUAUGCUGUUUAUGGCUAUUAAAAGCCACUUGCCGUAUACUUUUAUAAAACCUGUCUAUGUGAAAUUGACGAGACGAUGGUCUUUGGGCAAUAUAUAUUAAGGCAAAAACUAGUGUUUGUGACCCAUUGAUUAUCUUUAAACAAAAUGCAUUUUGUGCACAUAAGGAAACUUUCAAUCUGAUUUUGCUUUAACAUGCGUUGUGUAUGAUAAACCAAAGUUGUAAUUAUACAUUUUACUAUGAAUAGCCUGUAUAUAAUCUAGUUAUUAUCUAAUAUUAAUACAAAGAAUCUAAUAAGAACGUUGUGUACAGUUUUAGUUCCACUGGCUCUCUGCGCAGCUGAUGAGAAACAGAUAAGUGAUUGCCUAACCUCCUUCUCAGCUGCUACUGUAAUUACUUCAAAACAAAUCGAGAGUGAGUAUAGAGAGUUAGUCGUCCUUAACGUGUGUGCAUGGGGAAACUAUCAAAGGGUUACUAAACCACUAAGCCCACUGCUAGAAUUGUUAAAACAAAUUAAAAUAAAGAUCCUGUUAAUUAAAUCAAUUAACUGUAAAAUCUGGUUUGUGUUUUUAAAAAAAAAAAAAUGCCGUUGUGAAUAUAAUAUACGUAUUGUAUUUAUUGUGUUUCUUCAAUUUCCAAGGAAAUCUGUUUUAGCCUCAUUCCUCUAAUUACACCCAGGUUAAAUGCCAUGCAAUGUCUGUCUGUCUGAAUGAGAAAAAAACAAAACUUUUUUUUUACAGAGUGAGUUUCCUGCAUAAUUGCUUUAGCAGUGAGCAAGCAUCCAGGAAUUAGAUUUUUACGCAAGCGUAUAUAUAUUCCAGAAUAUUUUCCACAACUCACUUGUUUAAAUAAAGUUACUCCUUUUGCAUUCA